AUGUGGGCGGUGCUUGAUGAUGGGAUGUCCCAUCCCAUUACUAUUGAACACAACCACUCUGCGCACGUCACGGAUGCUGCCCACGUCCCACGUUGGGUCGGACCUAUGACGCUGCAUACUGACGUCUCCUGUGCAGACAGUUCGAUAUGGGUGAAUGGAUGCUGCUUUCCUGUAAUGGGUAAUGUGAACAAAUAUUGCCUAAUUGGCCUACAGCUAUGCUAGUCACAGGUGUUGACUGCCUAUUGGCGGUCUUCCCAACCCCAUUGAUUAUACACCACCCAAUUAGGUCUGGCUACACUUCAAGUAAGGGGAUUGGAUGAGACAUCUUUGUGCACCGCCCCCUGACCAGCUGAUUCUGUUAUGGCUCAUUGUUUAUAUGGUAUUCAAACAGACUACUGGAUGAGACAGACUACUUUGCCCCUGACGACGGUAUUGUACCACACCGAAACGCGCGUCAGGCUCUUUUACUAUUUUUAAUUACGCACUUAUUUUCACGUUAGGUAGCACUUCGCCUUUUCUUUGACUUAUCUCUUCAGGGUCUAUGGUUUAGGUAGGCACUAGCCUAGUGUGGUGCUGAGGUAUUAGGGACAGAGUAUUUUUGUGGGGUAUGAUGUGUACCUAUUAUUGAUUUUCUAGCAGUGGAGUAAUUCUGCUCUUCGUAUACUCACCUCUUUAUCUACAAUUUUCGCUGGAUGAGAAAUUUCAUUCUUUCUGAGUGAUAUGCAGACAAUUCCCUUGUGUCCCCAUUUAGCCUUUGAUAGUACCUGUAUAUUAGCAUGAUAUCUAACCAGAGUGGAGUUACUUUUGUGUCUCUCAUCUGUCCUAUAGGGCUAACCUCUACCUGGCAUUCAGACACUGUCUUUCCUAUUUAGGACCCUAGUUAGAUAUAGUGGCUCUAAGUUAUAGUCUUAAUAAAGGUUUUUAAUUCAAUUUAUUUUGGUUUUGCUACUAUACUAUUUUAGGUUGUACUCUUUCUCAUGCUGCCCCUCUGUUGGGAGUGGAUGAGUGAAUGAUAGCUAGUGCCUGCAUGUAAUGCAAAAUAAAUGAAAGGGUGGUCAUUUAACGAUGAGUUUAUCAAGCAGGCUUGGGGGUUUCCUCUUCAGUCUACCCACACGGGUACAGGAAUGUGCAAAUUAUACAGUAUAUCAGAAUCAGAAAUAGUGAAACUCUCUAUACCAGUGGUCUCAAUUCAAAUUACUUGGGGGUCACUGGCCUAGUAAUCCUUUCACAUGAGGGCAGCUUGUAAAAAUCACAAAUCACAAAAUUGCAAAGAAACACAAGUAACCACAGCCGGUUCCCCUAUUUACCACUAUAAUGUCAGGGCUAACCACACAGAUAUCUUAGCCAUAAUAUUAUAUAGUUUGUAAGAGUUUCUCUAUUUAAAAUAUAUAAAUAACUGAGAAUUCAAUAUAAAGACAGAGACAAGCCCAUAAUUGUAUGGGGAACUGAACGUAACGACAGAAGGCUAAGUGAGGCCUUGUGAAAUUGAGGUAAUCGUAACGAGUAAGAUUUCAGUACCUGAUACUGUAUGUCAGGAACAAGGUCGACAAUCCAUAUUUUUAAAUGUGGUAAUUUGACGGCAAAGACACGCGGCCAUCUUUGGAAGGUCUGAUGUACCUUUAUAGAGAAUAAUGGCAUGGUGGACAUCUUGGAGGAGGCGAAUAUACUCAGAUGAUUGCCAGAAACACUCCAUAUAUGGCAAAGAGGAUGGACCAUCAAUCCACAGCUGUUAAUAUUUGUAAUGUAAUUAUAUUUAUUAUGUAUACUAUAUAAGAAGGUUGUGGCACUAGUUAUGAUAUGCACCUGAGGGAGACCUAUUGCAUUAGGUCGAAACGCGUUGUGCUCUAUUUUAUUUUAAAAGUAUUUACCUUUUAUCCACUUGGCAACCUGGUUCCUGAUUUUUAUAAGAAAGAAGACUCCAGAUAUCUUCCAAGGGACUUAAAAGCUCAAAUCCACAUCUGAUUGAUGUAUCUGCCUCUACAGUUUAGAGCCAACUCAGAAAGGCUCUAAAUAUUGUGAGUUUUUCCAAGUUUUAUAUGAUUGUAUUUGUAUUGAGAUGUAUUACCAAUAGUGUCACUGGAUAAUUCCCUCAGUAAAACACCCGAAUCCCCAAACAGCAGCCGUAGUCAGAAGAAGGGUACAAAGAUAAACUAAAGAUUUAUUGAUAGACACUCUCUUUUUAUGGGAUUCUGUCCAUUCAAGGGAGACUCCCCCAUAAUUAACAAUACAGCCAAUCAUGACAAUAUACAUACUGUACAUCUUCUCCCCUCAGAUAACCAAUUAACACAAUUAAAACGGAACACAUUUUCCCCAAAGUCUGGAUGUACCCCAGAUAGCUGAACUCUGGGGGACCAACAUAUUAAAGAAUCCGCCCAUUCGGUUCAGCCGUUCGGGAGAUAUGGGACUUAUAAGUUUUGACCGACUGCACGGGCAAAGUAGCCGAAAACAGUUCCACAAAUUCUGGCCCUGCAGUCGGUCUCAGGUCGCGUGUAAAAACUCCCGAACGGCCGGCUAUCCAGAUGCCAUCCUGGGUUCGCUGAAAUACCCAUCCGUUAGUAAGUCUUUCUACCGAAUGCCCGGUCAUUCUGUAGUUUUGGCGGGGUUCUCCCGAAGGUAUGGAGGAUUCAGCGGUGUUCGUCUGUUUGAGUGUCCGAUUUCAGUUCCAGACACUCGACGGCAAACACCACUGUUGGGGAGUUAAAAUGGCCGCGAACACGUGGAAGUCCCGAAAUGGCGGCUAUGCAUACAGUUCGUGCGGGACUUUCGACGAACAUGCCCAUCAAGCUGGGGGGUAAAAUACUCUUAAUUGGAAACAGGGUGGUUGUGAUUUGGUAGUUUUAGCUACCGAAUGCCAUAGGGGUACAUAACAGAAAACAAGUGAAUGCAAAUUGUCACUUUGAAGCAAAAUAGGGGGAUUUCUUCACAUACGGUAACCCUAAAAUGGAGACACCUAAGGUAUAAAUAGGUGUACUUUUAAAUGUUAAGGAACAGAGGAGAGACUUGGAGACAGACGCAGCUCCAUCUUAAAAUGACAGAGAGGCUGACAUGAUGACAUGUUCAGAAGGAUAUGAAGGGUAUGUUAACCUAUUAAUGAUAUUUGCAAGCAUUUAGUUUAAUCUUAUAAACUCUGCUAUAAUGGAUUUUAUAUGUCUUUAUUUAUAUUUUUAUAUAAUAAAUACCAAAACAAUCCUUAUUUUAUAUAGUAUUCUCAAUUAUUUAUAUAUGUUAAAUAUUCAUGUGUUCCUCGUGAAAAAAAAAAUAUAUGUUUUUUUUUUAUUCAUUUGGCUGUCAACUUUCAAGUUCCUUAUUCUUGUGCUGCAAGUAAAGAACUAUUUAUUUCAGCCACUUUUUAUUUGUUUUAUUGUUGUCCAUCUGUCACUAUCUCAACAAAUAUAUAAUCCCUUUGAUCAGUUCAUUCAAAUCUGAGUCUGGUGUAGUCUGCGUGCAUCGGAUAUCAACUAUGUUGCUCCAAGAGCCAAACUACAAAAGCUCGGUAUGACAAGGUGUGAUGAUCUAUACCUUUGAUGUACAUUUAUAAUAUAAAUUAGUAUAUUAAUAAUUGUAUUCACCACCUGUAAGCGUUCUCAUUAAUCCACAAAUUAUUUAUACCUGAAUCACAUUUAAGGCAGAUAUAAAAUAUUGCAUAAAGGAAUGUGAUGCCUAUAAAAUACCUAUAAAAGUAACCUUUUUCUACUUAACUUGCUUCAUAUAUAAGAAGGUUGAAGUCAAAGAGACACUUGCAGUUUACUUUCUUAAGAAGAAACAUUUCCAAUUCUUUGUUUAACUCAAUCAGAGAUCAACAUGAAGCAUCAAGGCAGCUACUCUUCUUCUGGAUCCCUCAUGGUAGGCCACAGCUCUAGAGGCCAUUGUUCCUCUGGUAGCAUCUCUUCACUUCAUCAUGGAAGCUCCAAUACACUUCACCAUAAGAGCUUCAGCUGCUCUAACACUGGUGGUUCCUAUAAAUCAUCCAGCCACCUUAGAGGAAACUCAAAACUAUCUAUCAGUUCAUCUGCUGGUCUUGCACAUGGAGGUGGAAGUGGCCAUGGUGGCCUUACAAGUCAUCUCAAGAGUUCUAACAACCACGCUCAUAACCUACUUCGUAUUAAUGAGAAAGAUACAAUGAAGGCUCUGAAUGAGCGUCUUGCCUCCUAUUUAGACAAGGUCCAUUCGCUGGAGCAGGAGAAUGCUGAGCUGGAAAGGAAGAUAUGUGAAUGGUAUGCAAACAAUGCCCCAAGCUCAAUCCCUGACUCCAGUGAGUACUAUAGGACUAUUCAGGAGCUCCAGAACCAGGUAAAACAAGACCUGUAUGAGUUUAUCUCCAAUGUGGUCAGUUGUAGGAUGAUCUUACCUACAAUGCAUGUUUUAAUGAGUUAAAGUAAACUUGCCAUUCAAUAAAAUAUCCAGACCAAAGUGUCUGCAAACCCUGAAAAUACGACUGUAGACAUGACUGUACAAUAGAGAUAUAGAAAUGUUAAAUAUUCUACAAUAUUUUAUAUACAUUACAUGAGAAAAUAUAUUAUAUACACUGCAUACAUUUCAUUCUGACUUGAACUAAACCAAUAUAUAUGCCAUUAAAGAUUUCUUCUAAUGUGGUUAUUUGUUGGGUGAUCCUACUUACAAUGUAUGUUUUAAUGACUUUCCUUCUUAAUAAACGUACCAUUCUGUAAAAUAAUUCUAGUCCUAAAAGCUCAUGUAGAAUUGACUGUAUAAUUGAGAUACAGAGAUGUUCAAAACUGUUUUAUAUAACUUAUAUAAUAAAAAAAUUUAUAUACACUAUAUAAAUAGUAUGAUGUUGUUACAUUCAAGAAUGCAGCAUUUCAAAUUCUGAACACAGAGCCUUAAAAAUCUCAUGUGGUUCAGCUUUUCUCACAUAGAAAAUAUAAUAUCAGUGUGUAUAAUCAACAGAACAUUUUCUUAUGACUUUAGUUAUAGUCAAAUAUUGUUCACGGAGACCAAAAUGUUUAAGCAAAAAAAGUAAUAUAAAUUAUUAGAGAUGAAUUGAUAAUGACUUUGCUUACCAGAUUUCUUCGGCAACAAUUAACAGUGGAAGGAUUGUCCUACAGAUAGAUAGCGCUCAACAAGCUUCAAAUGACUUCAGAAGCAGGUAAGUCUAUGAAGUUAUGAGAUUUAAAGGAACAAGUGAAGACUUUGCUUUAUACAACUGUAGCGGCAUAUAUAUUGUAAAGGUGACUUUGUGUGGCAAAAUAUAAAGAUAAACAUAUAUUCAUCAAGUAUGGUGGUUAGUAUUAAAUGAAUAAUUAAAAAACACAAUAUAAAAAAAAUCUAAAAAGCCCUAAUUUCUCACAAACAAACCUAUUUUUAUAUUGUUACAGCAAAACAUUCAGCAUAGAAUUGUACAUAACUUCAGUUUAAUGAAAAUUAUCUUGAGUCAACGAUGAGGUCUACCAGCACUGCAGUAACUGCUUUAGUAAUGUUCUUACUAAGUUUUCGGUUGAGGAAAGUUAGUGCAGUAGCUGUAAACUUUCUUAUGUGUUCUAUUAAGGUGUCUGUUAUGUUUGAUUGUACGACCAUAGGUUAGAAGAUAGUGUUGACCUUUAUGGUAGACUAUUGGCUAAUUUAGGAUUAUCAAGGCAUUAUAAUUUAUCCAUAACUAUUUAUCUAUAUUGUUGCAUGCCGUGUAAUCACAAUACAAUAUAUUGUAAAUACCGUUACACAAUCCUUUGCUAACUGCACAUGGCAUUGCCGUAGUUAUCAAGCUGCGUUUUUGUCAUGUUAUUCCACACCGGAAAAAAUACUUUCAACCAGCGUUAAAUUGAAAAGUGAUUAAGAGUUGAUGCCAUGCCUAUUCUCAGAAAUGAUUAUAUAAUAUAGUGUGCUCUUUUAUUAUUAUUAUUAUAAAUUUAGGUGUGAGAUGGAGAUAAACACAAGGAACAAUGUGGAUGGAGAUACUGGUUCUUUGAGAAGAGUCUUACAACAAAUUAACAAUGAAGUGCAAACCUUAUCCGGAGAAGUCCAAUGUCUCCAGCAAGAACUUUUCCAGAUGAGGAACAACCAUUCAGGGGUAAAGUGGAAAUAUGUCAAUGGCCUAUUAUUAUAAUUUAUUAAAACACUACUGAGAACAAAGAUGUAUUUGGAAUAAUUACAGGACUUCAAAUGUCAAGUCGUAAGCUACUAGCCAGGUCUCAAAAUUUUUUUGCCACUGCAGCCUAGAGAAUCCUUGGCACUUUUACCAGUGGUAACUUUGUACAAUGCAGGGCUAAAUUUUUACUACGAAUGUCCAGUUCAUUUUUUUCCAUUAAUUAAUAAAAGUUAACAGUUUUGGGGAUCUCUUUCUUGCAUACAUCGUGAGUGUUUGUUUAGACAUUGAAACCUAAGGGUUAUUUAUUUCUUUAUAAAUUACUUUAAAAUUUUUCUUUCACGUCUUACCCUAGUUCUUUGUCUUUUUCAAAGGAAGUGGAUGGUCUGCGUGCUCAGCUUGGAACCAGAGUCAACGUAGAAAUGAAUGCUGCUCCAUCCAUCGACCCGAACAGAGCUCUAUCUGAGCUCAGAGAAGAAUAUGAAAAUAUGAUGGAGAGGAACCUAAGGGAAGUCGAGGGCAUGUUCUUGGCAAGGGUAAUUCUAACCAUAAUAUAAUGGAGCAACUAGCUGACAGUAAACUAUAACACUAAAACUAUAGACCCAUACCAGAUUGGUAAGAACAGUAUUAUAUUUUUACAUGAAAUUUUUUUUUCUUGCAGAGUGCAGAACUGGACCGUGAGAUGUCUUCAGGAGCCGUACAAUUGCAGUCAGUUAAUAAUGAUAUCAUUGAUUCAAAGCGGUCUUUACAGACCCUGGAGAUCGACUUGCAGAGCCAGCUAAGUAUGGUACGUCAGCAUGAAUUAAAAUAUGUAAACAUAUAUAAAGCAACACCAUGACUAUAUUCCACAUUUACUGUUUUAAUUGGUUCUAAUAAUGCUUUAUUGACUACAAAGUCACUUGUGCCAGUCUUUAGUUUAAGAAAGUUUACCCUUGGCAAUUUUUUAUGUCUCCAAGUUGGAGAUUAACAAUAGUACAAUAAUAUGAUGUAAAAAAUAAAUCCAUGAAUAAAGGAUCAUAUACUUAUUUAGUUCAGUAAUAUUGCUGUGUCAUCAUUGGCAGAAAUCAGCUCUAGAGAGCACCUUAUCAGAGACGGAGGCAACGUUUGGUUCUCAGCUCUCCCAGUUACAAUGCAUGAUUGAUAACAUUGAAGGUCAGCUGACACAGAUCCGAUCUGACCUAGAACAACAGAAUCAUGAAUACCAAGUUCUCAUGGACCAGAAGACCCAUCUAGAGAUGGAAAUCAACACCUAUAGACAUCUGCUGGAUGGACAUGACAUUCAGUGCGUAUUACAAUUUUUUGUCAAAUUUAGUUGUUAAGUAUUCAGAUCAAAAAAGGAGAAGAAAAACGAAAUAAUGCUGGUUUAAGUGUAGUCAUCAUUAUACAGUCUAUGAUGGAAACGUUGACAAAACCUGGCUAUUGAUAUAUCUUAAUAUUCAUGUAUAACACCAAUACAUGGGGCACUUACCUACAUUAAUGAGUAUACAGUCACAAGUGAGCAUAAUAAACACUAGAAUAUUUUAAAUGAAUUAGCUUAUAGAACAUAACGUAAAUUAUAAUAUUUGUAAGUGAGGUGGGCAGUUAAAUGUUUAUAUUAAUUGAAUAGAUGAGAUAGGUGACUGAGGGAGACAACUAAGGAGGAGAUAAUUAUUGGUCGUAAAUAAAUUACAAAAUGGGGUUUCACAGAAGGUAUAUGUGCAUAGAUGGGUUUUGGGGUACAUAAAAUUAUAAAUGAGGUGGCUGAUUAGAUAGUUUGUUUUAAUAUUAGGGUUUAGAAGGAAGAAGAUGUGCAACUAGGAAGAAUCCAGGAAGUUGGUGGUAAGGAUGUAAAUAAAGCAGAGAUGAUGAGCGUAGUUUACAUAGUAGAUUAAUAAGACAAAGGGAAGUGCAACAUACUAAUCAGAAGUGGCCAAAACCGAGAUUCCCAGCUGUUACAUAACCACAGAUCACAUGUUGCUUUACUAAUUGUAAGGUUGACAGUGCAUCAUUGGGAUUAUAUGUCCGCGAUAGCUGGGCAUCCAGUUUCUGGAUGCACCUUUUUUAGAGGGAUUUUUUUUUACUUGUUAAAGCAUUAUUAAUUAGUUUAUUAGUAAUCCUGAAUGCAUAUUACGAAGUAUGAAGUACUAAGUACCGAAACAUUUUGAUGUUAAGGCAAUGCAAUAUGUGCUGCUCUAUAUUACAGUUAAUUUCACCUAAGGUAAUUGUGUAUUUUUGAUAACAAAUAUAAUACACACCUCUCUCAUAUCAGGACUUCUAAACAUCUCUAAAUCUUUUCACAGUAUUGCCAAUCAUACCAGUUCUGGAGGUGAGUAAUAUACAUCACAAUAAAAAAAUUACAUUUGCAAUGAAAAUGCUUAGCUAUGUAUUGCAAUGGUAUUUGAUAUUUCUAAACCUUGCUUAUUGAUCCAACUGUUAUACAGUAUAAAGGGAAUUGACACAGUAAAGGAGGAGACUAUAUUUAUAGAAUAAAAACUACCACAACAAGAGGACAUAGUCUUAAAUUAGAGGGCAAAGGUUUAAAAAUAAUAUCCGAAGUAUUACUUUACUGAGAGGGUAAUUGAUGCAUGGAAUAGCCUUCCAGCUGAAGUGGCAGAGGUUAACACAGUGAGGGAGAUUAAGCAUGCGUGGGAUAGGCAUAAGGCUAUCCUAACUAUAAGAUAAGGCCAGGGACUAAUGAAAGUAUUUAGAAAAUUGGGCAGACUAGAUGGGCUGAAUGGUUCUUAUCUGCCGUCACAUUCUAUGUUUCUAUGUUUCUAUUACUUUCUUAAGAUUUAAUCAACCCAAAAAUAAAAGAUGUAAUAAAGUCUGUGUGCCCAUCUAAUUUUUCCACGUCUGCUCUGUUCUAGCAUCCCAUCACAACAAGUGCAAGUAAUGGCCAUGUGCUUCUCAAUAAGCUCUUGAUGCCUCUCUAGAAAAAGAAUAACAUGAAUUAAAUCAUUAUGAAAUCAACUUCUCUGGAAUUAGCAAUCUGCCUUUAUUAUAUUUCUUUAAUUCCCUUUCCAUUCUUAAGAUUUAAUCAACCCAAAAAUAAAAGAUGUAAUAAAGUCUGUGUGCCCAUCUAAUUUUUCCACGUCUGCUCUGUUCUAGCAUCCCAUCACAACAAGUGCAAGUAAUGGCCAUGUGCUUCUCAAUAAGCUCUUGAUGCCUCUCUAGAAAAAGAAUAACAUGAAUUAAAUCAUUAUGAAAUCAACUUCUCUGGAAUUAGCAAUCUACCUUUAUUGUCUUUCUUUAAUUCCCUUUCCAUUCCUAAACUGAUACUGAUUAAAUGCAAGUGAAAAUCCAACACAAAAUAUAUUAGCUAUGUGUACAAGUAAUACUGAUAUUGUUCUGAAUUAUUGGACACUGUUUGUGUCCUAUUGUUCCUGAAAAAAAUAGAACUCAUCUACAGCUUGUUUAUCAAUACAAUAUUUACAAUGACUUUAUGCAGCUUUAUCGAAGGAUGGUGUUUAAUGGUUUGCCUAGCAAAUAUUAUAUGAAAGAACAUUUGAAUUUCCAAGUACUGAAAGCAUUUUAUAACUGUUUCACGAAAUUAUAAUUCUAAGACAAUGUUGAUCUGCUGCAUAUUUUUUUGUAAACUAGUAUUUUACUAAUAUUGUAAAGCGCUGCGGAUUACGUGGGCGCUAUAUAAAUGCCAAAAAUAAUAAUGAAAUAAUAAUAAUAUAUUUAUCGUUUGGAUUUAAGUUUUGUGGGAACUUUUGGACUGUAUUAUAAUUACAACUUUAUUGUAACUGAAUCUACAAUUCUUAUAAAAUAAAUCAUUUUUCUUUGUCUUCUGCAAACCCGGUGGUGUAUUUGUAUUUUGUAUUAUGAAAUGUAAGAGUUCCUCUUAAGGGGGGAUUACCGUGUGGGAAAUAAAGUGUUGGAUUCUCAGCUUUUCAAAUAUUUUAGAAUUGAAUUGCCUGAAUUUAGCUAGUAAUAUUUGUUUUCACUACUGUUUGGAGUUGAAUGAAUAAACCCCUAAAACCCACACACAUUAUUGCACUGCUGGAACAAUAAAACACAAACUAUAGUCAGUUUCUGAAAAUAUAUUUACUGUGCUAAUAAUUACAAUUAAGACAGAUCAACUUUAAAUGUUAAGAAUACUUAUAGUGUACAAAACAAACAAAUAAACAACAACAACAAAAAACAAAUCUACCUCCACUACAGGCAAUGUAGACUGUGAAAUGUACAACAUCUUGGAAACAUUGUAAAAAAGAGAUUAUUGGUUUGAUAUUUUUGAGAACGGCUAACGUAGGUAUUCACAAAAGUCAGAAUUCAAAGUGAAUUUAGAAUUUAAGGCUAAAAUCCCCCCAACUGGACGCUUGCUGUGAAUCCAGUUUGGUUACUUUGGCCUAACAUUUGAAAUCCAUUCACUUUGAAUUCUCACAUUUGGGAAUAACCCUGUAAGAGUAACUAAAUAACGUAGGUAUUCAUGAAUUGCAGAUAUACAAACAAAGCAUAUUUUAAUUUUGUAAACAUCAGUUUAUCGGGUAUCGAUUUGGUUAAAUGUGACAACAUUCUCUAAAAUAUCAUUUUAAUUCUAAGAAAAAAAAAGUCUGUUUAUAUUACCAAUAUAUAAUAUUCAUCUGUGAUGAUAAAUAUAAAAAUAUAUUAAAAAAAAAAUAUAUAAUUUGAGAACGACAUACUUGGCUUGUAUAGUUAUAUUUAUGUGUUUUAGUGUCGCAUGGGAGAGCAGCACAUUGUUUUGGUCUCUGCUGUGGCUCACCUAAUAGAAAUAGGUGGAGACCUAUCAUCAAGCCCCUACUUCAGGUAUAGGAACCCUUCGACAUUCCAUAUGACGUGCACUACAUCUCCCGUAAUACUCCUGUAACGGACCGUUUUGCACAAAAGGGGAAAAAACCGCUUAGACGAUAAUCCCCCUUUCAGAGUCAGGCACAGCUACUGUAUAAUCACCAAAACUCACGAACCGCCAAUAAGUGAAUGCUCCAAACUCCCGAACGGCAUACAAGGGAAUAAGGUAGCACUUCAAAUAAACGAACAGGAACCAUACGAAUAGCUGCUAGCAGACGAACAGGAAAAGCUUCCCAGCGGCUUACACUCCUGGCAAUCAGUCUUAGCAGCAUACAGUAAAUCCCCCCAAAGACGAGACAAGGCUCCGUGUUGAGGGUCAAGCAGUGGUCUGAGGUGCUGGCACACCCAGCCUGGUUUUUAUUACAGUCUUGCAAAUACAGGACCGCCCACAGGGAGGUAUAAAACAACCAAUCACAUCACAGUUACAUCCCACAUAUUCCCUCCCCUUAUCCUGAGAGGAAACUCAAUUACACAUACAGUUAAAACAUACUUUCUACCCAACUUUCAUAACUCUAAAACCAUACAUCACAUUCACAUAAAAUUACACAUUCACAAUCAAUCCAUUCAGGGGAACAACAUAUUAAAAAAUGGCCUGAAUCAGACCAGGGGUUCAAAAGUUAGUAAAAAGUCCUUUGUGACUAAAUGAAGCAUGGCUUUCUGGCCCAAACCAGUUUCAGAGUCUUCUAUCCUGGAGAUAAGUAAUUCAAUUAUCUCCCAGGACAGACACAAGACUCCAUUAAGCACAUGGUUGCAAAAAGACACAAAACACUUUAAAAUACAUAAAGUCACAUUUAUUACAUAAAACACAGACAUGUAACAUAUCCCCAGAUAGCUCAGGUCAGAGCGCACAUUAUUAAGCGAAUGGCGCUCAGACCACACGAAUACAGUUUAAUCGCCAUGGAGCCAAAGUCUUUACAGUCAGUUUCAUACGAAUGGGAUCCAUGGGAUUCCUAUCUGGGGUAUAACACAUUCAAACAAAUCUACUGAACCCCAGGCAGAAAAGCACGAAUACAGCUUUUCUGCAGGCAAAAAUAAAGUCUUUUAAAAGGGGGCCAUAGUCCAAAGGCAGCAGGCGAGCAACCAGGCUUCUCCAAUGCAAUGUGGCGAGAUUGGUCUCGUCACAUCUCUCCCCUUUUCCAAACAGACUAACAGGGUAUCUGACCUCCUGCCGGUCAGUGCCCUUGUUAGUCCAGCAGCCCACCCACAACAAAUAAUCAACAGCACAGCCCACCCACAAUAAAUGGUUACUACACCUGGGUAAAGGAGAAGCUUGUCCAUGUCCAGGUGCCUCACCACGGCUGUGCUGGGUACGGGUACGCUGACUUGGUGGGUUGCUGCGUGGGCAGAGACCAGCGGCACUCUGCCCUGUUGCCAGCGCUACUGGGAGGGUAGCCUGGUGGAAGCCUGGUUGUUGGAGGGGGAGACCGACUGUCUCCCCUUUAAAUACACCGCUCUGCUGCUGCUGCUGGAGACUGACUGUCUCCCCUUUAAAUACACCGCUCUGCUGCUGCUGCUGGAGACUGACUGUCUCCCCUUUAGAUGCACAGUCCUGCUGCUGGAGACCGACCGUCUCCCCUUUGGUUACCCAUCUCUGCUGCUGGAGGGGGAGACCGACUGUCUCCCCUUUGGCUAAACAGCCCUGUCGCUGGGGGGCAGGACCGACCGUCCCUACCCCCUGUGCUGGCAGUGUAGAGACUACGGUCCCAUCUGCACGGUUGUGGGGCUUACUGUCUCCCCCUGGUACAUUAAGCUGCCGCUGGGGAGAGGGGGUAACAUGCUCCUCUCUCAUACAUACUUCCAGCUGCGGGGAAGGGAGACCGACUGUUUCUGCUCCCAAUACAGAGUCCUGCUGCUGGGGAAAGGAGACUGGGCUCUCUAUUCCCGGUAGGACACUCUGCCGCUGGGGAAUGGAGACGGGGCUCCCAAUUCCCAAUAAUCUGUGCUGCCGCUGGGGAAUGGAGACUGGGCUCCCAAUUCCCCAAACAUCAUACUGCCGCUGGGGAAUGGAGACUGGGCUCCCAAUUCCCAAAAAAUCACGCUGCCGCUGGGGAGGGAGGACACUGCUCUCCUCUCCCUGGACUUUACACUGCCUUCCCGGCAUAUCACUUGGCUGCUGGGGGGCAGGAACAACUACCUCUGCCCCCUGUAACUCAGCCUGCCGCUGGGGAGGGAGGAUGCUGCUCUCCUCUCCCUGCACUUUACACUGCCUUCCCGGCAUAUCACUCUGCUGCUGGAGGGCAGGAACAACUACCUCUGCCCCCUGUAACUCAGCCUGCCGCUGGGGAGGGAGGAUGCUGCUCUCCUCUCCCUGCACUUUACACUGCCUUCCCGGCAUAUCACUCUGCUGCUGGGGGGCAGGAACAACUACCUCUGCCCCCUGUAACUCAGCCGGCCGCUGGGGAGGGAGGAUACUGCUCUCCUCUCCCUGCACUUUACACUGCCGCUGGGGAAUGGAGACUGGGCUCUCAAUUCCCUGCAGGACCGGUGGAGAGACCUCGGUCCCAUCUCUACCGGCCACCUGGGGUUCUUCCCAGUAAAACUGUACCAUCUCGUCCCCUCUGAAUGGGUCUGGCUCUGGCUCUGUCACCUUGCUGUCCUGCUGAAUCUUCUCAAUGGAGUGGAAGAGAUCUCGGUAGUCCUGCUCCAGUUCCCACUCCAGGGCUGCUAGGUGAGCCAGGUCUUGCUCAAUGUCGUGAGUGUCGUCCCAGUCAUACCUGCUCUCCCUCCACUCCAAGAGAUCACUGAACCGGGCUUGUGUAGGGCUCCCAAAUUCAGGCUCUGAAAAAGCCUCCCAUAACAAGCCAGGACCAUCAAACUCCCCUCCCUCUGGCUUGUCAUGCUCGGCUGUCCAGGGCAGGUACUGUGCCCCAUACCACCAAAGCGCCUGGUAUGCAUCUUCCAGCCAAAUCUCCUGCCAUACCCGGUGCUCCAAUUCCUUCACCCAUUCAUCUAGGGGCUGCUCUCCCAGGAAGGGCAUCCGCAGGGCCACUUGCUUCUGCAACCGCUGCUCUUCACUGAGGAGAUUCUCACCCCGCUGGUACUGUACAUUAUCCAGGGCCUGGUACCAGAUGCCUUUCCUUAAUGCAUCCCGGCCAUCCAGGUCCUCCUCCUCGUAUGACACUGCUGGUUCCAUGCUGUUGCUGUCAGGGUCGCUGUACUGGGACAUGCGUUGCCCUCAAAUUGUAAAAAUCCACGGAAUGGUGUCACCUGUAGCUGUCCUGUAGUCUGUGGGAACGAUCCCGCCGCGUGCCACCAAUUGUAACGGACCGUUUUGCACAAAAGGGGAAAAAAACGCUUAGACGAUAAUCCCCCUUUCAGAGUCAGGCACAGCUACUGUAUAAUCACCAAAACUCACAAACCGCCAAUAAGUGAAUGCUCCAAACUCCCGAACGGCAUACAAGGGAAUAAGGUAGCACUUCAAAUAAACGAACAGGAACCAUACGAAUAGCUGCUAGCAGAUGAACAGGAAAAGCAGACAAUCCGCUUACACUCCUGGCAAUCAGUCUCUAACAGCAUACAGUGAAUCCCCCCAAGAACGAGACAAGGCUCCGUGUUGAGGGUCAAGCAGUAGUCUGAGGUGCUGGCACACCCAGCCUGGUUUUUAUUACAGUCUUGCAAAUACAGGACCGCCCACAGGGAGGUAUAAAACAACCAAUCACAUCACAGUUACAUCCCACAUAUUCCCUCCCCUUAUCCUGAGAGGAAACUCAAUUACACCUACAGUUAAAACAUACUUUCUACCCAACUUUCAUAACUCUAAAACCAUACAUCACAUUCACAUAAAAUUACACAUUCACAAUCAAUCCAUUCAGGGGAACAACAUAUUAAAAAAUGGCACAAAUCAGACCAGGGGUUCAAAAGUUAGUAAAAAGUCCUUUGUGACUAAAUGAAGCAUGGCUUUCUGGCCCAAACCAGUUUCAGAGUCUUCUAUCCUGAGAUAAGUAAUUCAAUUAUCUCCCAGGACAGACACAAGACUCCAUUAAGCACAUGGUUGCAAAAAGACACAAAACACUUUAAAAUACAUAAAGUCACAUUUAUUACAUAAAACACAGACAUGUAACAUAUCCCCAGAUAGCUCAGGUCGAGCGCACAUUAUUAAGCGAAUGGCGCUCAGACCACACGAAUACAGUUUAAUCGCCAUGGAGCCAAAGUCUUUACAGUCAGUUUCAUACGAAUGGGCUCCAUGGGAUUCCUAUCUGGGGUAUAACACAUUCAAACAAAUCUACCGGACCCCAGGCAGAAAAGCACGAAUGAAGCUUUUCUGCAGGUAAAAAAGAUGUCUUUUAACAGGGGGCCAUAGUCCAAAGGCAGCAGGCGAGCAACCAGGCUUCUCCAAUGCAAUGUGGCGAGAUUGGUCUCGUCACAACUCCUACAGCCAUGAUGCUGGCAAAGCAUCAGGGGGAUGUAGUCCGCAACAUCUGAAGUGCUGAAGGAUGUCUAUCCCUACUUAGUAUCUUAGGGUCACAGGUGACCUAAAAUUUUUAUUCCUUUAUUAUGUUUUCUUAAUAAAGGGACAAAUGUUUUUGUCAGUGUAAUGAAGCCACAUGGCUCUCUCUAAUUGCUCUAACAGCUUACAGCAAAUAUAUGUACUGACAACAUGGAAAAUAAGUCAGUCACACUUGGACUGCAUGAAUGAAUGAUGGUAACUGAAAAGAAUAUUAUUGCCAACUUCUAAUCGAUGAAAACAACAAAAAUCCAAAGGUAGUAUCAUAUGUUGCAUGGGCACCUUUGAUGCAUGUUGGGAAAUGAUAAUGGGUAUCUUCAAAACGUUUUGGCCCAUACUAGUGUUAUGGGCAAAUGCAAAUAUUACAAGUUUUAGAAUGAAAUGUUGUAUUUCUUAAACUGUGUACUUUGUCUUUAAGAGAUAUUGCAAACUGACAAGGUGUUAGGAAUGGAACAUAUUGUUUUUCAUAACUGUUUCUUUAAACAAUAACCUCUUACCUACCUACAGUGCAUAAUAUGUUUGCACCAUUUUGUCCCAGACGAAUUACAAUAACAAUAAUGCAUAAGCAAGCUUCAAGGUUAUGCUACGACUCUUUCAGUAUGCAAUAUACUGUGGUAACCUUAGUAGAUAAGGAUGUUCAGACAUUAAGAUGCCAUCUUGAACUGUCAGGAAAAUUUCCAUGACGUAUGCACCCUUUAGAUAUGGCCUUGUAUGUUUGCCAAAUUAAGGGAGGUCCUAAAAUGAAUAAAGUAAAAGAAGUGUUACUUUUUCAUAUAUGAACUACGGUAACCCUAAAAUGGAAACACCUAAGGUAUAAAUAGGUGUACUUUUAAAUGUUAAGGAACAGAGGAGAGGCUGACAUGAUGACAUGUUCAUAAGGGUAUGAAGGGUAUGUUAUCCUAUUAAUGAUAUUUGCAAGCAUUUAGUUUAAUCUUAUAAACUCUGCUGUAAUGGAUUUUAUAUGUCUAUAUUUAUAUUUUUAUAUAAUAAAUACCAAAAAGACAAAACUUUAUUGCUUCCAAGACAUCCUUAUUUUAUAUUGUAUUCUCAAUUAUUUAUAUAUGUUAAAUAGAGGAUCUCUUACACUAACUAUAUAAAAUUAUAGCUAAGAUAUUUGUAUGGUUAGCCUAUGCUUUAAGACCUUAUAGUGGUAAAUAAGGCAACCAGCCGUGGUUACACUAGUAUCAGAUAGACACCUUAAGGAUGUCGUGACACCUCAUCCAUCUAUUACGGAACGCAGAUGGAGAAAUUUGAGAAACCUUUUGUCACCCAGUCAUCUCCCCGCUAGUGCCACCUCAGGUCACCCUAAAAACUAUUUACCAGCGGGCACCUACCAAUGUGGUCAUUGUAGUGCAUGUCCCUUUAUCAACAGACAUUAUAAGACCUACUCCAGUAGCACCAAUAUGGAAAUGUUUAGAUCACACUCUUUCUUUAGUUGUUGCACCAUUGGAAUAGUCUAUCUACUCACCUGUUCUUGUGGCCUGAUGUAUGUGGGUAAGACAUUUCGCCUAUUUAAAUACAGAAUGCAGGAAUACAUUAAUUCAAUAUGGAGACGUCUGGAAACCCCAAUUCCAGGCAUCUACAUCACCAUCAUGACCACUUCUCAGCUCUUAUAAGAUUUAUGAGUCUGGAACACGUACCUCAACCAACGAGUAAAGGGGUUGGUACAUUAAACUUUGUCAGAGAGAGGCGUUCUGGAUUUAUAGGUCAAAAACACUAUCGCCACAGCGAUUAAAUAAAGGGUUUUCUUACACCCCCUUCAUAUGAUACAGGGACUGAUUCUGUGACUAUGUGGCUUUUUAUUGUAAGCUAGUAUGCUAUACAACAAUUGUUGUCUAAACCUUUUUAACCUUUUUAGUUACUUGCACUUUUUAAUUGGUGUCUUUAAUCACUAAUUUUGCUCUCAUCUAAAUAUGUAUAAUGAUGACUGACUACUUGUGACAUUAUAGUAGUUCAUGUAUUCUUCAGUGGCUCUUUAUACCACUUUAUGUAACAUUUAUUAUAGAUACUCAACUUACAGCUAUACUUAUGAUUACAUGUGGGAGGUACCUUCUAAUGGGUCAACCCACGUUGGCACUAUUCAUCCAUAAUGCAUUCACCCAUCAUGUAUUCGUCUUAUGCCUGCCUUAUAAUUAUUUCAAGUAAUGGUAUUAACCCUUCUUUACAGCUAACUAGGACAUAAUAUAACUUUCUUUUCGUUGUGGUAUAAACAAGGGUAUAAAAUAUUAUGGUAACUGCCCGCUAUGUAUGUUGGUUUGCAGCAAUUGCAUGUGGUUUGUGCUUGAUGAUGGGAUGACCCAUCCCAUUACUAUUGAAAACACCCACUCUGCGCACGUCAUGGAUGCUGCCCACGUCCCACGUUGGGUCGGACCUAUGACGCUGCAUACUGAUGUCUCCUGUGCACACAGUUUGAUAUGGGCGAAUGGAUGCUGCUUUCCUGUAAUGGGUAAUGUGAACAAAUAUUGCCUAAUUGGCCUACAGCUAUGCUAGUCAGAGGUGGUGACUGCCUAUUGGCCGUUUUCCCAACCCCAUUGAUUAUACACCUACCUAUUAGGUCUGGCUACACUUCAAGUAAGGGGAUUGGAUGAGACAUCUUUGUGCACUACCCCCUGACCAAUUGAUUCUGUUAUGGCUCAUUGUUUAUAUGGUAUUCAAACAGACUACUGGAUGAGACAGACUACUUUGCCCCUGCCGACUGAUAGUAUCACACCGAAACGCGCGUCAGGCUCUUUUACUAUUUUUAAUUAUGCACUUAUUUUCACGUUAGGUAGCACUUCGCCUUUUCUUUGAGUUAUCUCUGCAGGGUCUAUGGUUUAGGUAGGCACUAGCCUAGUGCGGUGCUGAGGUAUUAGGGACAUAGUAUUUUUGUGGGGUACGAUGUGUACCUAUUAUUGAUUUUCUAGCAGUGGAGUAAUUCUGCUCUUCGUAUACUCAGCUCUUUAUCUACAAUUUUCGCUGGAUGAGAAAUUUCAUUCUUUCUGAGUGAUAUGCAGACAAUUCCCUUGUGUACCCAUCUAGCCUUUGACAGUACCUGUAUAUUAGCAGGAUAUCUAACCAGAGUGGAGUUACCUUUGUGCCUCUCAUCUGUCCUAUAGGGCUACCCUCUAUCUGGCAUUCAGACACUGUCUUUCCUAUUUAGGACCCCUAGUUAGAUAUAGUGGUUCUAUGUUAUAGUCUUAAUAAAGGUUUUUAAUUCAAUUUAUUUUGGUUUUGCUACUAUACUAUUUUAGGUUGUACUCUUUCUCAUACUGCCCCUCUGUUGGGAGUGGAUGAGUGAACGAUAGCAAGUGCCUGCAUGUAAUGCAAAAUAAAGGAAAGGGUGGUCAAUUAACAAUGAGUUUAUCAAGCAGGCUUGGGGUUUUCGCAGUCUACCCACACCGGUACAGGAAUGUGCAAAUUACACAGUAUAUCAGAAUCAGAAAUCGUGAAACUCUCUAUACCAGUGGUCUCAAUUCAAAUUACUUGGGGGUCACUGGCCUAGUAAUCCUUUCACAUGAGGGCAGCUUGUAAAAAUCACAAAUCACAAAAUUGCAAAGAAACAUAAGUAACCACAGCCGGUUCCCCUAUUUACCAUAGUGAGAGAGCUAAGUACAACGUAUAUGAGAGAAUUAAAAGACGCAUGUUGUUUAAUAGAGUGCGAAUGCUGGAAAAGAAAAAUGAACCCUCUGAAUAGGAUGUAUCAAAGGUAGCCAAGUAUAAUUUAAACAGAUAUGUGACCUAGUUAGGUGGCCUAUUAAACUGACAGAGUAUUGAGAACCUAGCCGAGAGCUUGCUUACAAAAUAAAAGAACUGUUAGUCAUGACAAGUGAUGUCGCGAACAUAAAAUUUUCGGUUCGCGAACGGCGAACGCGAACUUCCGCAAAUGUUCGCGAACCGGGCGAACCGCCAUAGACUUCAAUAGGCCGGCAAAUUUUAAAACCCACAGGGACUCUUUCUGGCCACAAUAGUGGUUGAAGGGGGGGGGAGGAGACCUACUCUCCUCCCUCUGGGCCCCCACCCCUGGGCGGCGGGUGGGGGCCAUAAAGAUAAUGAGGGGGGGACCUACUGUCCUCCCCCUCUCCGGCCCCCACCCCUGGGUGGCGGGUGGGGGCCAUAAUGAUAAUGAGGGGGGACCUACUGUCCUCCCCCCCGGCUCCCACCCCUUGGCGGCGGGUGGGGGCCAUAAAGAUAAUGAGGGGGGGACCUACAGUCCUCCCCCUCUCCGGCCCCUACCCCUGUGCGGCGGGUGGGGGCCCUAAAAUUAACAAUAAGGGGGGAUCUAUUAUCCCCUGUGGCCCCCACCCCUGAGCGGUGGGUGGGGGCCCUAAAAUUAACAAUACGGGGGGACCUACUGUACCCCCCCGCCCCCACCCCUGAGCGGUGGGUGGGGGCCCUAAAAUUAACAAUAAGGGGGGACCUACUGUCCCCCCCGGCCCCCACCCCUGAGCGGUGGGGGCCCUAAAAUUAACAAUAAGGGGGGAUCUAUUGUCCCCCCCCCGGCCCCCACCCCUGAGCGGUGGGUGGGGGCCCUAAAAAUAACAAUAAGGGGGGGACCUACUGUCCCCCCCCCGGCCCCCACCCCUGAGCGGUGGGUGGGGGCCCUAAUAACAAUAAGGGGGGGACCUAUUGUCCCCCCUGGCCCCCACCACUGAGCGGUGGGUGGGGGCCCUAAAAUUAACAAUAAGGGGGGGACCUAUUGUCCCCCCCGGGCCCCACCCCUGAGCGGUGGGUGGGGGCUCUAAAAUUAACAAUAAGGUGGGACCUAUUGUCCAGGUGAUUGCGAGGACCCCACAAUCAUAUUGCCCAGGAAGGCUGGAUCAGAUGGAGGGGGACUGCCUGGGCUCGCAGGCAAUCCCCAGGAUCGCGACCGCAGAGGUUUGCGGGGACCUAGUAAGUAGUAAGAAUGGCGAAAGGAAAAAAAGGAGGAUUUAAACGCAUUAAAACUCCCAAAUAGAAAAUUUAAAGUUAAAGGGAUACCCUAUGCACUAAAACAGCAUAAUGACGUGGUUUUUAUCGAUAGAUCAUGCCCUUGCAGUCUAAAUGCUCAGUAGACUAAUAUUUAGGAGUUAAAUCACUUUGUUUGUACAGCCUAAGACAGAUGUAUUUACGAAAUAAAAACAGUGAUAAAAGAUUGUGCUAAAAACUAUUAAAAUAUCAUAUAUAGAACCAGUGCGGCAUACAGAAAAUCACCAAAGUGUAUAGUCACUGAAUAACACUUACAUACAGAAAUAAAACAACAGGGAAUAUGGUGAUUGCGCACACAGUAGAUGAUAUCCUUGUAUUAAAUGAGAUCCCUAUCUGGGGGUUCUGUGGGUAUAAAAAACAUUCAUAGGGUAAUACAUCUCAAAAGAAAAAGUGAUCCUAGGGCACAAAUGUCCAGGAUACACGGAUAGGAUAUAUCAGAGCUUACUGUUACUGAUAAAAACCAUAAGUUUUUUAAUCAUCAUAAGCAAAGACAAACAAAAUAAUAAUAAAAAACACACUACCCCAAAAAUAAACCCAUAAAGAGGAGAUAAUGAAGCUCAGUAGGCUAGGAAGGGGUGGCCAAAUGAAGUCGCAAUACUAGAGGUUAGAUAAUCCUAUAUGGCAUAUAAGCCACCGAUAGAAGUAUGAAUAGCUAUAGAACCUAUAUUGGAGACUGGGUAAAUCUCCAAGUACCCCUAGUGUGAAGCCAAUCAGUUGUAAAGUCCUAGAACUGAUAAUGUAAAUAUGCACUGAAUAGACAUUUAGGUAAACACUCUAGCCCUGUUGACCCAGAUAUAGCAAAUCUCUUGGGAUAAAAUAGUGAACAGCUAAUUCAAGUGAUUGUCCACACUAAACUUUUGCACAUAUUGUGCUAAAAGCUAUCCAUUAUUAAUCCUGUGUAUAGGAAGGCUACUGAGUAAUUAGGAGACAAAGUCCCUUUCUAAAGAGUGCUUAAAUCUGGCUUCUAUUCCCCAUAAAUUAAUUUAACACCCCAAACAUAAAAGUGCUGUGAGUUUAAAAAAUUAGCCUAAUGCAUUUCGGCGCUUAAACGAGCGCCUUUCUCAAAGGCUAUCAAUGAGGACACUAACCUGAGCAUGUAUUUGUACCUAAAGCGGCACUGUGCAGUGCCAAUCCACGAGACAAUGGGCGGAGUUACAUUUACACGCCCCCAGGUCAGAGUGGUGGUGGGGGCAUCAUGGUUUGGGGCUGCUUUGCUGCGUCAGGGCCUGGACGGAUUGCUAUCAUCGAAGGAAAAAUGAAUUCCCAAGUUUAUCAAGACAUUUUGCAGGAGAACUUAAGGCCCAUCUGUCUACCAGCUGAAGCUCACUUUUUCUUUUGCAUGUCAAUAUUUAGGGUUACCCCCUGAUAUUUUCAGGACACACUCCAUGGUCCCUGCCUAUGGGAGGGAUUAUUUUCUGUUUUUUCCUUUUGAGUAAUACAUCUCAAUACAAAUACAAUAAUAUAAAACUUGGAAAAACUCACAAUAUUUAGAGCCUUUCUGAGUUGGCUCUAAACUUUAGAGGCAGAUACAUCAAUCAGAUGUGGAUUUGAGCUUUUAGGUCCCUUGGAAGAUAUCUGGAGUCUUCUUUCUUAUAAAAAUCAGGAACCAGGUUGCCAAAUGGAUAAAAGGUAAAUACAUUUAUUGAAACAAAAUUAAAUAAAAUGGAGCACAACGCGUUUCAACCUAAUGCAAUAGGUCUUCCUCAGGUGCAUAGUGCCACAACCUUCUAAUAUAGUAUUCAUAAUAAAUAUAAUUACAUUACAAAUAUUAACAGCUGUGGAUUGAUGGUCAAUCCUCUUCGCCAUAUAUGGAGUGUUUCCGGCAAUCAUCUGAGUAUAUUCGCCUCCUCCAAGAUGUCCACCGUGCCAUUAUAAUAAAGGUACAUCAGACCUUCCAAAGAUGGCGUCUUUGCCAUCUCGCUAAAAAUAGUCACUUCCGGUUUCGUCCGGCUCUGAUCACAUGAUCCGGCUCCGAUCACGUGGUUAGAGAGGGCGUAGACAUGUAGUUUAUUAUAUGUCAAUCAUAGAAACAGAGUCUGUUUCAUAUCCAAAUUAUACAAAGAUAAGAGAAAAAGGAAAUGUGAAUAAUAACAAUAUGCAGAAAAUAAACUAACAAUAUUCCAUUUGGCAAUAUAAAAUAUAACAAUAUAGCAAUAAUUAUAUGUUUAAAAAAUAUAAAACUAGCAAGUAUGCUUAUAGUCCUUAAACCAAAGGUAAAAAGAGGGGAGAGGGAGAAGUUAAGUUGUAAAAUAAAUAUAAUCCUGUAACAAUGAGUAUAAAACAUAUAAAAAUAAUAUAUAUAAAAAUAGUAUGUGUGAUUAUAACCCUUAAACCAAAAGUGAAAAAAAGGUGGGAUUAAGUUAUAAAAUUGGACCUAUUUCAAAAUCAAUAUUUAGACCUUUGGAGCAUAAUGUUUGAAGCUCAUAUAUCCAAUUUGAUUAUUUUUUACUUAAAUUAAAAGCACUAUUAAAGGAAGUGAUGUUAAAAUUCUUUUUAGUUAAAUUCGAUAUAAAAUCAUCUUUUUUUUCUUAGUUACAUGGGUGUUUUUUCAGGUAUAACAGUUGCCACAAUGAUGAAAGCCUUUUGGGGUUUUUGACCAUUUUGUUAGAAAAUAAAGGUUCUUAUCCUUUUUUUCUAUGUAAUUUGAGGUUAAAAUCUGCUUAAAAUUUUUUGCCCCCCUAAAAAUGAAGUUAGGCUUAUCUCCUCUAAAAUCAUACAUUUCAUGUUCUUGCUGCAAGAUGUGCCAGUUCUUAUUCACAAUUCUUUUUAAUAUACCAACAUUACUACAAUAGUUAAAAAUAAGUGGGAUUUGCUUAUCCUGAUUAUUGGUGUGUCUGUGUCUGGUGUAGUCUGCGUGCUUCGGAUAUCAACUAUGUUGCUCCAAGAGCCAAACUACAAAAGCUCGGUAUGACAAGGUGUGAUGAUCUAUACCUUUGAUGUACAUUUAUAAUAUAAAUUAGUAUAUUAAUAAUUGUAUUCACCACCUGUAAGCGUUCUCAUUAAUCCACAAAUUAUUUAUACCUGAAUCACAUUUAAGGCACAUACAAAACAUUGCAUAAAGGAAUGUGAUGCCUAUAAAAUACCUAUAAAAGUAACCUUAUUCUACUUAACUUGCUUCAUAUAUAAGAAGGUUGAAGUCAAAGAGACACUUGCAGUUUACUUUCUUAAGAAGAAACAUUUCCAAUUCUUCAUAUAACUCAAUCAGAGAUCAACAUGAAGCAUCAAGGCAGCUACUCUUCUUCUGGAUCCCUCAGAGUAGGCCACAGCUCUAGAGGCCAUUGUUCCUCUGGUAGCAUCUCUUCACUUCAUCAUGGAAGCUCCAAUACACUUCACCAUAAGAGCUUCAGCUGCUCUAAUACUGGUGGUUCCUAUAAAUCAUCCAGCCACCUUGGAGGAAACUCAAAACUAUCUAUCAGUUCAUCUGCUGGUCUUGCACAUGGAGGUGGAAGUGGCCAUGGUGGCCUUACAAGUCAUCUCAAGAGUUCUAACAACCACGCUCAUAACCUACUUCGUAUUAAUGAGAAAGAUACAAUGAGGGCUCUGAAUGAGCGUCUUGCCUCCUAUUUAGACAAGGUCCAUUCGCUGGAGCAGGAGAAUGCUGAGCUGGAAAGGAAGAUAUGUGAAUGGUAUGCAAACAAUGCCCCAAGCUCACUCCCUGACUCCAGUGAGUACUAUAGGACAAUUCAGGAGCUACAGAACCAGGUAAACCAAGACAUGUAUGAGUUUAUCUCCAAUGUGGUCAGUUGUAGGAUGAUCUUACCUACAAUGCAUGUUUUAAUGAGUUAAAGUAAACUUGUCCUUCAAUAAAACAUUACAUGAGAAAAUAUAUUGUAUACACUGUAUACAUUUCAUUCUGAUUUGAACUAAACCAAUACAUAUGCCAUUAAAGACUUCUUCUAAUGUGGUUAUCCUACUUACAAUGUAUGUUUUAAUGACUUAAUAAACGUACCAUUCUGUAAAAUAAUUCUAGUCCUAAAAACUCAUGUAGAAUUGACUGUAUAAUUGAGAUACAGAGAUGGUCAAAACUGUUUUAUAUAACUUAUAUAAUAAAAAAUGUUAUAUACACUAUAUAAAUAGUAUGAUGUUGUUACAUUCAAGAAUGCAGCAUUUCAAAUUCUGAACACAGAGCCUUAAAAAUCGCAUGUGGUUCAGCUUUUCUCACAUAGAAAAUAUAAUAUCAGUGUGUAUAAACAACAGAACAUUUUCUCAUAACUUUAGUUAUAGUCAAAUAUAGUUCACGGAGACCAAAAUGUUUAAGCAAAAGAAGUAAUACAAAUUAUUUUUAGAGAUUAAUUGAGAAUGACUUUGCUUACCAGAUUUCUUUGGCGACAAUUAACAGUGGAAGGAUUGUCCUACAGAUAGACAGCGCUCAACAAGCUUCAGAUGACUUCAGAAGCAGGUAAGUCUAUGAAGUUAUAAGAGUUAAAGAGAUAAGUGAAGACUUUGCUUUAUACAACUGUUGCAGCAUAUAUAUUGUAAAGGUGACUUUGUGUGGCAAAAUAUAAAUAUAAACAUAUAUUCAUCAAGUAUGGUGGUUAGUAUUAAAUGAAUAAUUAAAAAAACAAUAUUAAAAAAAAUCUAAAAAGCUCUCAUUUCUCACAAACAAACCUAUUUUUAUAUUGUUACAGCAAAACAUUCAGCAUAGAAUUAUAUAUAACUUCAGUUUAAUGAAAAUUCUCUCAAGUCAACGAUGAGGUCUACCAGCACUGAAGUAACUGCUCUAGUAAUGUUCUUACUAAGUUUUCGGUUGAGGAAAGUUAGUGCAGUAGCUGUAAACUUUCUUAUGUGUUCUAUUAAGGUGUCUAUUAUGUUUUAUAGUAAGCAUUAGUUUUGUCUAGUAUGGUUUUAACUGUUAGAAGCCAUAAGUUCUUUGGUGGAUUUUCUUUUGUUGUCUGUGUCUUUGUUUUUCUUAAAUGUCCACUUUGUAAAAUAGACUGAGUUACGACCAUAGGUUAGAAGAUAGUGUUGACCUUUAUGGUAGACUAUUGGCUAAUUUAGGAUUAUCAAGGCAUUAUAAUUUAUCCAUAACUAUUUCUCUAUAUUGUUGCAUGCCGUGUAAUCACAGUACAAUAUAUUGUAAAUACCUUUAUGCAAUCCUUUACUAACUGCACAUGGCAUUGCCGUAGUUAUCAUGAAGCUGCGUUUUUGUCAUGUUAUUCCACACCGGAAAAAAUACUUUCAACCAGCGUUAAAUUGAAAAGUGAUAAAAAGGUGAUGCCAUGCCUAUUCUCAGAAUUGAUUAUAUAAUAUAGUGUGCUCUUUUAUUAUUAUUAUUAUCAAUUUAGGUGUGAGAUGGAGAUAAACACAAGGAACAAUGUGGAUGGAGAUACUGGUUCUUCCAGAAGAGUCUUACAACAAAUUAACAAUGAAGUGCAAACCUUAUCCGCAGAAGUCCAAGGUCUCCAGCAAGAACUUUUCCAGAUGAGGAACAACCAUUCAGGGGUUAAGUGGAAAGAUGUCAAUGGCCUAUUAUUAUAAUUUAUUAAAACACUACUGAGAACAAAGAUGUUUUUGGAAUAAUUACAGGACUUCAAAUGUCAAGUCGUAAGCUACUAGCCAGGCCUCAACAGUUUUUUGCCACUGCAGCCUAGAGAAUCCUUGGCACUUCUACCAGUGGUAACUUUGUACGAUGCAGGGCUAAAUUUUUACUCCGAAUGUCCAGUUAAUUUGUUUCCAUUAAUUAAUAAAAGUGAACAGUUUUGGGGAUCUCUUUCUUGCAUACAUCGUGAGUGUUUGUUUACACAUUCAAACCUAAGGGUUAUUUAUUUCUUUAUAAAUUACUUUAAAAUCUUUCUUUCACGUCUUACACUAGUCCUUUGUCUUUUUCAAAGGAAGUGGAUGGUCUGCGUGCUCAGCUUGGAACCAGAGUCAACGUAGAAAUGAAUGCUGCUCCAUCCAUCGACCUGAACAGAGCUCUAUCUGAGCUCAGAGAAGAAUAUGAAAAUAUGAUGGAGAGGAACCUCAGGGAAGUCGAGGGCAUGUUCUUGGCAAGGGUAAUUCUAACCAUAAUAUCAUGGAGCAACUAGCUGACAGUAAACUAUAACACUGUAACUAUAGACCCAUACCAGAUUGGUAAGAUCAGUAUUAUAUUUUUACGUGAAAUUUUUUUUUCUUGCAGAGUGCAGAACUGGACCAUGAGAUGUCUUUAGGAGCCGUUCAAUUGCAGUCAGUUAAUAAUGAUAUCAUUGAUUCAAAGCGGUCUUUACAGACCCUGGAGAUCGAGCUGCAGAGCCACCUAAGUAUGGUAUGUCAGCAUGAAUUAAAAUAUGUAAACACAUAUAAAGCAACACCAUGACUAUAUUCCGCAUUUGCUGUCUUAAUUGGUUCUAAUAAUGCUUUAUUGACUACAAAGUCACUUGUGUCAGUCUUUAGAUUAAGAAAGUUUACCCUUGGCAAUUUUUUAUGCCUCCAAGUUGUGCCAAUAAUAGUAACUGCACUUGUGUCUUUUAAAUGAUGUGCAUUUCAUAUUAGUAAUAAUUCUGGAGAUAAAAUAAAAUCCUUUUAUAAUAUGAUAUUUAACAAGUCCUGCUAUUUUUGGAGGUUGACUACAUACAGUUUGGUUUAAUUGUGUUUUCGAUGAUGACCUUUUAGUUUAUGCUGAAUGCUUUCCCGAGAAAUGUUUCCAUUGCUGUAUAGGAAAUUAUAUCUCAUUCAUAUAUAAAAGAUUAAAGGCAUGUUGAAUGUUAACUCUCAAUUUUAAGAGUUACUUAAUGCCUUUGUACUGAAUCUCCCAAUAUUUCUGGGUGAGCAUUUUAUUAGACAACACACAAAUGUAACAAUGUGUAGUGGUGGUACUCGUCAACCUUUACUUUCAACAUUUGUGAUCUAUUGUUAGUACACUACAAUAUAUCCAACCAUUGACACACAACACAAAGAAGCAAAGCCAGCUAUUUUAACUAAUAUCAUCAUGAUGGAAUAUGGGAAUUUUUUGAACUUUUAAAUAUAUUAAACAAUAGUACAAUAAUAUGAUGUAAAAAAUAAAUCCCUGAAUAAAGGAUCAUAUUCUUAUUUAGUUAAGUAAUAUUGCUGUGUCAUCAUUGGCAGAAAUCAGCUCUAGAGGGCACCUUAUCAGAGACGGAGGCAACGUUUGGUUCUCAGCUUUCCCAGUUACAAUGCAUGAUUGAUAACAUUGAAGGUCAGCUGACACAGAUCCGAUCUGACCUAGAACAACAGAAUCAUGAAUACCAAGUUCUCAUGGACCAGAAGACUCAUCUAGAGAUGGAAAUCAACACCUAUAGACAUCUGCUGGAUGGACAUGACAUUCAGUGCGUAUUACAAUUUUUUGUCAAAUUUAGUUGUUAAGUAUUCAGAUCAAAAAAGGAGAAGAAAAAUGAAAUAAUGCUGGUAUAAGUGUAGUCAUCAUGAUGGAAAAGUUGACAAAACUUGGCUAUUGAUAUAUCUUCAUAUUCAUGUAUAACACCAAUACAUGGGGCACUUACCUACAUUAAUGAGUAUACAGUCACAAGUGAGCUUAAUAAACACUAGAAUAUUUUAAAUGAAUUAGCUUAUUGAACAUAACGUAAAACAUAAUAUUUGUAACUGAGGUGGGCAGUUAAAUGUUUAUAUUAAUUGAAUAGAUGAGAUAGGUGGCUGAGGGAGACAACUAAGGAGGAGAUAAUUAUUGGUCGUAAAUAAAUUACAAAAUGGGGUUUCACAGAAGGUCAUAUACCUUCUGUGAAACCACAUUUUGUAAUUUAUUUACGACCAAUAAUUAGAUGGGUUUUGGGGUACAUAAAAUUAUAAAUGAGGUGGCUGAUUAGAUAGUUUGUUUUAAUAUUAGGGUUUAGAAGGAAGAAGAUGUGCAACUAGGAAGAAUCCAGGAAGUUGGUGGUAAGGAUGUAAAUAAAGCAGAGAUGAUGAGCGUAGUUUACGUAGUAGAUUAAUAAGAAGACGAAGGGAAGUGCAAUGUGCUAAUCAGAAGUGGCCAAAACAUAGAUCCCCACCUGUUACAUAACCACAGAUCACAUGUUGCUUUACUAAUUGUAAGGUUGACAGUGAAACAUUGGGAUUAUAUGUCCGCAAUAGCUGGGUAUCCAGUUUCUGGAUGCACCUUUUUUAGAGGGAUUUUUUUUAAUAGUUAAAGCAUUAUUAAUUAGUUUAUUAGUAAUCCUGAACGCAUAUUACGAAGUAUGAAGUACUAAGUACUGAAGAAUGUUGAUGUUAAGGCAACACAAUAUCUGCUGCUCUAUAUUACAGUUAAUUUCACCUAAGGUAAUUGUGUAUUUUUGAUAACAAAUAUAAUACACACCUCUCUCAUAUCAGUUCUUCUAAACAUUUCUAAAUCUUUUCACAGUAUUGCCAAUCAUACCAGUUCUGGAGGUGAGUUAUAUACAUCACAAUAAAAAAAUUACAUUUGCAACGAAAAUACUUAGCUAUGUAUUGCAAUGAUAUUUGAUAUUUCUAAACCUUGCUUAUUGAUCCAACUGUUAUACAGUAUAAAGGGAAUUAACACAGUAAAGGAGGAGACUAUAUUUAAAAGAAGAAAAACUACCACAACAAGAGGACAUAGUCUUAAAUUAGAGGGCAAAGGUUUAAUAAUAAUAUCCGGAAGUAUUACUUUACUGAGAGGGUAGUGGAUGCAUGGAAUAGCCUUCCAGUUGAAGUGGUAGAGGUUAACACAGUGAAGGAGUUUAAGCAUGUGUGGGAUAGGCAUAAGGCUAUCCUAACUAUAAGAUAAGGCUAAUGAAAGUAUUUAGAAAAUUGGGCAGACUAGAUGGGCCGAAUGGUUCUUAUCUGCCGUCACAUUCUAUGUUUCUAUGUUUCUAUUACUUUCUUAAGAUUUAAUCAACCCAAAAAUAAAAGAUGUAAUAAAGUCUGUGUGCCCAUCUAAUUUUUCCACGUCUGCUCUGUUCUAGCAUCCCAUCACAACAAGUGCAAGUAAUGGCCGUGUGCUUCUCAAUAAGCUCUUGAUGCCUCUCUAGAAAAAGAAUAACAUGAAUUGAAUCAUUAUGAAAUCAACUUCUCUGGAAUUAGCAAUCUGCCUUUAUUGUCUUUCAUUAAUUCCCUUUCCAUUCCUAAACUGAUACUGAUUAAAUGCAAGUGAAAAUCCAACACAAAAUAUAUUAGCUAUGUGUACAAGUAAAACUGAUAUUGUUCUGAAUUAUUGGACACUGUUUGCGUCAUAUUGUUCCUGAAAAAAAUAGAACUCAUCUACAGGUUGUAUAUCAAUGCAAUAUUUACAAUGACUUUAUGCAGCUUUAUCGAAGGAUGGUGUUGAGUGGUUUGCCUAGCAAAUAUUAUAUGAAAGAACAUUUGAAUUUCCAAGUACUGAAAGCAUUUUAUAACUGUUUCACGAAAUUAUAAUUCUAAGACAAUGUUGAUCGGCUGUAUAUUUUUUUGUAAACUAGUAUUUUACUAAUAUUGUAAAGCACUGCGGAUUACGUGGGCGCUAUAUAAAUGCCAAAAAUAAUAAUGAAAUAAUAAUAAUAUAUUUAUCGUUUGGAUUUAAGUUUUGUGGGAACUUUUGGACUGUAUUGUAAUUACAACUUUAUUGUAACUGACUCUACAAUUCUUAUGAAAUAAAUCAUUUUUCUUUGUCUUCUGCAAACCCGGUGGUGUAUUUGUAUUUUGUAUUAUGAAAGCUAUAUUUACUGUGCUAAGAAUUACAAUUAAGACAGAUCAACUUUAACCCCUUAAGACCGGAGGGCGUACAAUUAUGCCCUAUUUUAGGCGGCUCUAAACGCCGCCGGGCGUAAUUGUACGCCCUCCGGUCUUUUCUUACUUACUCGGUAGAUCCUCUUCCUCCGGUGCCCCCCGGCCAUGUGAGAGUGAGGUCCUUGCGAGGACCCCACAAUCACAUGGCCGGGGGCAGCUGCCUUCUGCAUUGCCAGCAGGGGGGCUGCCUGUAAUGACAGGUGGUCCCCCUGCUGGCUUGAAAUGAAAUUAAAAUAAAUUAAUUAAAAAGUAAAGUGUAAAAAAAAAUAUAUAUAUAUAUAUAUACUUAGAUCAUAUAUAUACUAUAUAUAUAUGAUCUAAGUAUAUAUAUAUAUAUAUACACAUAUACAUACACACACAUACACUGUCUAGGUGUAUUUUACUACUAAUAUAUAUAUAAUUAUAUAUAUAUUAAUAUCAAAUUACACGUAGACUGUUACUGAAUAAAUAUAUAUAUAAUUAUUGUUAUAUAUAUAUGUAUAUAUAAUAUAAAAAAAUUAAAUAUGUAAAUAUAUUAAAAAAUAAAAUUAAAAAUAUAAUUAAAAAAAAUAAUUAAAAAAUAUAUAGAUGUGUUAUUUCGUUCAAACUGUAUUGUGAUAUUAAUAUAUAUAUAUAUAUAUUUAUAUCAAAAUACACGUAGAACGAAAUUAUAUAUAUCUACAUACAUAAUUAUAUACGUAUACAUCACUAUAUAUAUCUAUAUAUAAAUAAAAAUAUUUAAAAAAAUUAAAUAUAUAUACACAUAUAGAUUCACAUACGUAUAUAUAUACAUAUAUUAAUUCUACAUAUAUAUUUAUGUAAUUUUAUGGUGUUUUCAAAAGUUACAGCGUCAAAUAUAAGGCUUGCGUUUCAUUUUUUUCACAUUAAAAUUCGCCAGAUUGGUUACGGUGCCUUUGAGACCCUAUGGUAGCCCAAAAAUGAAAAUUACCCCUAUGAUGGCAUACCAUUUGCAAUAGUAGACAACCCAAGGUAUUGCAAACAGGGUAUGUCCAGUCUUUUUUAGUAGCCACUUAGUCACAAAAACUGGCCAAAAUUGGCGUUUUUUUGCAUUUUUCCCACAAACAAAUACUAAUGCUAGCUUUGGCCAGUGUUUGUGACCAAAUGGCUACUAAAAAAGACUGGACAUACCCAAUUUGCAAUACCUUGGGUUGUCUACUAUUGCAAAUGGUAUGCCACUGUGGGUGUAAAUUUCAUUCCUGGGCUACGAUAAAGUCCCAAAAGCAACGUAACCAAUCUGGCGAAUUUCCAUUUCAAAUGUAACGUGCUAUAUUUGACCCUGUAACUUCCCAAAACGCCAUAAAACCUGUACAUAGGGGUACUGUUUUACACAUGAGACUUUGCUGAAUACAAAUAUGUGCAGUAAAAGCAAACCGUAUUAUGACAUUGACAGUUAAAAUGUCAUGUAGAACGAAAAAAGUAAAAAAAAAAAAUGUUAUUUUCUCCCAUUUUUUUCAUAUUAAAUUAUGUUUCAUAAUUUUUGAUAUUAAAUGAAAGCCCUGUUUCCCCUGAAUAAAAUGAUAUAUAAUAAGGGUGGGUGCAUUUACUAUGAAAGAGUGAAUUACGGUUGGACAGACAUGUAGCGCAAACGCCAGGUUUUUUUUACAUUUUGUUUCGUUCACAACGUGUACAUUUGGCUCCGUCCUUAAGGGGUUAAAUGUUAAGAAUAUUUAUAGUGUACAAAACAAACAAACCAACAACAACAAAAAACAAAUCUACCUCCACUACAGGCAAUGUAGACUGUGAAAUGUACAACAUCUUUGAAGCAUUGUAAAGAAGAGUUUAUUGGUUUGAUAUUUUUGAGAACGGCUAACGCAGGUAUUCACAAAAGUCAGAAUUCAAAGUGAAUUUAGAAUUUAAGGCUAAAAUCCCCCCAACUGGACGCUUGCUGUGAAUCCAGUUUGGUUACUUUGGCCUAACAUUUGAAAUCCAUUCACUUUGAAUUCUCACAUUUGGGAAUAACCCUGUAAGAGUAACUAAAUAACGUAGGAAUUCAUGAAUUGCAGAUAUACAAACAAAGCAUAUUUUAAUUUUGUAAGCAUCAGUUUAUCGGGUAUCGAUUUGGUUAAAUGUGACAACAUUCUCUAAAAUAUUAUUUUAAUUCUAAGAAAAAAACUGUCUGUUUAUAUUACCAAUAUAUAAUAUUCAUCUGUGAUGAUAAAUAUAAAAAUAUAUUAAAAAAAUAUAUAUAAUUUGAGAACGACAUACUUGUAUAGUUUUAUUUUUGUGUUUUAGUGUCACAUGGGAGAGCAGCACAUUGUUUUGGUCUCUGCUGUGGCUCACCUAAUAGAAAUAGGUGGAGACCUAUCAUCAAGCCCCUACUUCAGGGAUAGGAACCCUUCGACAUUCCAUAUGACGUGCACUACAUCUCCCGUAAUACUCCUACAGCCAUGAUGCUGGAAAAGCAUCAGGGGGAUGUAGUCCGCAACAUCUGAAGUGCUGAAGGAUGUCUAUCCCUACUUAGUAUCUUAGGGUCACAGGUGACCUAAAAUUUUUAUUCAAUUAUUAUGUUUUCUUAAUAAAGGGACAGAUGUCUUUGUCAGUGUAAUGAAGCCACAUGGCUCUCUCUAAUUGCUCUAACAGCUUACAGCAAAUAUAUGUACUGACAACAUGGAAAAUAAGUCAGUCACACAUUGGACUGCAUGAAUGAAUGAUGGUAACUGAAAAAAAUAUUAUUGCCAACUUCUAAUUGAUGAAAACAACAAAAAUCCAAAGGUAGUAUCAUAUGUUGCAUGGGCACCUUUGAUGCAUGUUGGGAAAUGAUAAUGGGUAUCUUCAAAACGUUUUGGCCCAUACUAGUGUUAUGGGCAAAUGCAAAUAUUACAAGUUUUAGAAUGAAAUGUUGUAUUUCUUAAACUGUGUACUUUGUCUUUAAGAGAUAUUAACAGACUUUUCUAAAAUUAGAAUAUGGGUAGAGGAGUCAUUAUCAGACUGGAGCAAUUUAAAUGAAGUCCAAGAGAAUUGGGAUUAUUUAAAAGUUGCACUAUUGAAGGCAACAUAAAAUUGCAUUAGGCUUGUCAGUAAAAGCCAAAAAUUCAAGAAACCACUGUGGUACUCUGCAGAUGUGGCCAAAAUAGUUAAAAACUAAAAGUUAGCAUUUAGGAAUUAUAAAAAAACCCAGAGUGAGGAAGACAAAAUGAUCUAUAAGAUUAGGCAGAAAGAGGCUAAGCAAGUUAUAAGAGCUUCAAAAUCACACACAGAAGAGAAAAUAGCACAGUCAGUAAAAAGGGGGGAUAAAACAUUUUUUAGAUACAUAAAUGAGAAAAGAAAAGUAAAACAAGGAUUAGUUAGAUUAAAAACAAAAGAAGGAAGGUAUGUAGAAGAGGAUAAAGGUCAGGCUGACUGCCUCAAUGAAUAUUUUUGUUCCGUAUUUACAGAUGAAAAUGAAGUAAAGGGACAUCAGUUAAGAAAAAGGAUAAAUGAGUCAUUUAUUACACGUGAGUUUACAGCGUAAGAGGUUCUAUUUCAACUGUCAAAAGUUAAGACAAAUAAGUCAAUGGGACCUCAUGGAAUACACCCAAAGCUAUUAAAAGAGCUUAGUGGUGUACUAGCAAAACCAUUAAUAGAUUCAUUUAACCAAUCAUUGUUAACAGGAGUAGUCUCAGAAGAUUGGAAGUUAGCGAAUGUUGUGCCCAUUUACAAGAAAGGUAGUAGGGAGGAGUCGGGCAACUAUAGGCCAGUAAGCCUUACUUCAGUAGUGGGGAAAGUGAUGGAAACCAUGUUAAAGGAUAGGAUUGUUGAACAUCUAAAAACACAUGGAUUUCAAGAUCAGAGACAACAUGGGUUUACUUUAGGGAGAUUAUGCCAAACUUAUCUGAUUGAUUUUUUUGAUUGGCUAACUAAAAUUAUAGAUCACGAUGGUGCAGUAGACAUUGCUUACCCAGAUUUCAGUAAGGCUUUUGACACUGUUGCACAUAGAAGGCUUAUCAAUAAAUGGCAAUCUUUAAGUUUGGAUUCCAAUAUUGUUGAAUGGGUAAGGCAGUGGCUGAGUGACAGGCAACAGAGGGUUGUAGUUAAUGGAAUAUAUUCCAAGCUUGGACUUGUCACCAGUGGGGUACCUCAGGGAUCUGUACUUGGACCCAUUCUCUUUAAUAUUUUUAUUAGUGAUAUUGCAGAAGGUCUUGAUGGUAAGGUAUGUUUUUUUGCUGAUGAUACUAAGAAAUGUAACAGGGUUGAUGUUCCAGGAGGGACAAGCCAAAUGGCAAAUGCUUUAGGUAAACUAGAAAAAUGGUCAGAAUUGUGGCAACUGACAUUUAAUGUGGAUAGUGCAAGAAAAGGCAUCUUGGAUGUAAAAACCCAAGGACAGAGUACAGAAUAUUUGAUAGAGUACUUACCUCAACAUAUGAGGAAAGGGAUUUAGGGGUGAUUAUUUCUGAUGACUUAAAGGUAGGGAGAGAAUGUAAUAGAGCAGAAUAGAACUGGUGAGACCUCACUUGGAGUAUUGUACACAGUACUGGAGACCGUAUCUUCAGAAGGAUAUUAAUACCUUAGAGAGGGUUCAGAGAGGGGCUACUAAACUGGUUCAUGGAUUGGGGAGAAAACUUAUCAGGAAAGGUUAAAGGAUCUUAACAUGUAUAGCUUGGAGGAAAGACGAGACAGGGGGGAUAUGAUAGAAACAUUUAAAUAUAUAAAGGGAAUCAAAACAGUAAAGGAGGAGACUGUAUUUAAAAGAAGAAAAACUACCACAACAAGAGGACAUAGUCUUAAAUUAGAGGGACAAAGGUUUAAAAAUAAUAUCCGGAAGUAUUACUUUACUGAGAGGAUAGAGGAUGCAUGGAAUAGCCUUCCAGCUGAAGUGGUAGAGGUUAACACAGUAAAGGAGUUUAAGCAUGCAUAGGAUAGGCAUAAGGCUAUCCUAACUAUAAGAUAAGGCCAGGGACUAAUGAAAGUAUUUAGAAAAUUGGGCAGACUAGAUGGGCCGAAUGGUACUUAUCUGCCGUCACAUACUAUGUUUCUAUUGCAAACUGACAAGGUGUUAGAAAUGGAACAUAUUGUUUUUCAUAACUGUUUCUUUAAGCAAUAAUCUCUUACCUACAUACAGUGCAUAAUAUGUUUGCGCCAUUUUGUCCCAGAUGAAUUACAAUAACAAUAAUGCAUAAACAAGCUUCAAGGCUAUGCUACGACUCUUUCAGUACGUGAUAUACUGUGGUAACCUUAGUAGAUAAGGAUGUUCAGACUUUAAGAUGCCAUCUUGAACUAAGUCAGGAACGAUAUAAAAUUAUAGCUAAGAUAUCUGUAUGGUUAGCCCUGCUAAGUUCUAUGCUUUAAGACCAUAUAGUGGUAAAUAAGGGAACCAGCCGCGGUUACACUAGUAUCAGAUAGACACCUUAAGGAUGUCGUGACACCUCAUCCAUCUAUUACGGCACGCAGAGGGAGAAAUUUGAGAAACCUUUCGUUACCCAGCCACCCCUGCUAUUGCCACUUUAGGUCAACCUAAAAACUACUUACCAGCGGGCACCUACCAAUGUGGUCAUUGUAGUGCAUGUCCCUUUAUCAACAGACAUUACAGGGAGUGCAGAAUUAUUAGGCAAAUGAGUAUUUUGACCACAUCAUCCUCUUUAUGCAUGUUGUCUUACUCCAAGCUGUAUAGGCUCGAAAGCCUACUACCAAUUAAGCAUAUUAGGUGAUGUGCAUCUCUGUAAUGAGAAGGGGUGUGGUCUAAUGACAUCAACACCCUAUAUCAGGUGUGCAUAAUUAUUAGGCAACUUCCUUUCCUUUGGCAAAAUGGGUCAAAAGAAGGACUUGACAGGCUCAGAAAAGUCAAAAAUAGUGAGAUAUCUUGCAGAGGGAUGCAGCACUCUUAAAAUUGCAAAGCUUCUGAAGCGUGAUUGUAGCGGAUGGCACCAGGCGACCCUACAAAAAUAUUGUAUAAAGCUGCAUCCGUGUAUCUGCUGUAAUUUCUGUGUAUUUAAAAAGAAUUGUAUUCCUCUGAUUGUUCGGUAGUUUCAUUCCCUUAGUUUAUUCGAAUGAAACUACCGAACAACCAGACCUCCCUGUGUGAAGUGUGUCCUCAAUUAUUGAACAGUAAGUAGCCGUCCUUUGUUCUCGGGGGUGGCCGCCAUUCGACAAACGAACACGUGGCGGCGGCCAUUUUAAAACUCCCGAACAGCGGUGUUUUGCCGUCGAGUGCCUGGAACUAAAAUCGGACACUCGAGUAGGCGAACACCGCUGAGACCUCCACAGCCCUGGUCCGUUCGGUUCCAAACUACCGAACGGCCCCUCGUUCGGUAAAUAGAGAAUACCGAACGAGGGGAUUCAGGCGAACCCUCCCUAGCCUCUAUAGCUAGAGGCUUUCGUGUAUUUAUUCCCUUAUGCCAGGACCGACCGCAAGGCCCAUUCACAUGGAACCGAAUUCGGCUAUCUCUGUUCGUGCGGUCGGUCAUUUUAUUCCCUCCAUACUUUUCCCGAACCCCUGGUCCGAUCUGGGUGAUUUUUGGAUAUGUUGUUCACCCAGAUCAGGACUACCCGGGGAUGUAUGAUGUAAAGGGGUACCCCUACGUUUAGGGGUACAUCCAGAAACGGGGGGAAUUGGUGUGCUGGAUAAGGGGAUUAUGAUGCUGGCUGAGGGGAGGGGAUGUGUGGGAGGUUACCAGGACAGGAUUGGCUACUGUAAUAAUUACUGUAAGUUCCUCCCUUGCAUGGGAGCAUGCUUUAUAAGGAGACUGUGAUUAAAGGCUUGCCGGUUAUGCUCCUGAAACUGUGUGUCGUCCAGUUAUUGGGAUUGCUGUUGGGAUAUUGCUGUAUUUUACCUGCUGGAAACCCUGCCUUUGGAUUUACUAUUUACUUGUUCCUGAGUCUCACUUGGAUUAUAAGCGGAGAUAACCUGGGUAAUAUUGCAUCCCCGCUACAUUGGUUGGCAGCGCUGGGAUCCAGACUCACAGAGGAACAAGCCUAAAUGGAGUACGGAUGGAGAUUGAUUUUGCCACACUAAAACGCUCCACGCUAAAAUACCUUCUGGAGGCAAGGGGUAUCCAAGCCAGCAAUAAGACAAAAGCGGCACUUAUCACUGAACUGAUGGCGGAGUACCGAAUGGAAGGCGAUUCGGUUCCCGAACAGGGGAAUUCGGGAGAAACACUGGAACAAAGGGAGUUCCAGAGGCAGGUACAAUUUCGGCUGUCUUUCUAUGGGGAACACCCUCAAACAGAGAUUAUUUCCAAAACGAUAACGGAGGUCCAGGAAUUUAUACUGAGGAGUCAAACAGCGGCCCCAGAACGCAGCUCUGCAGUAAAUAUGCCACAUGAAGGUAAGCCGAAAAUACCGUACCAGGCUUUUAAAACAUAUGUGGAGGCAGAGGAAGAUAUAGACGCUUUCCUGCAAGAUUUCGAGAGACUGUGUGCACUGCAUAGAAUCAGCGCAGAGGACUGGGUACCUAUUUUGGCAGGGAGGUUAACUGGGAGGGCAGCUGAGGCAUACCGGACUGUACCGAAUGAUGAAAUACGGAAUUACCACAAAGUGAAAGAAAUUAUAUUGGCCAGGUAUGCUAUAACACCAGAAGCAUACCGGCGGAGAUUCAGGGAUUUAAAGAAGGUGGAGAAAGACUCACAUGCUGAGUGGGCAUGCAGACUACAACGAGCAGUCUUGGGGUGGGUGCAAGCGAGCAAGGCACGGUCUAUGGAGGAUGUAUUGCAAAUGGUACUGCUGGAGCAAUUUUAUGAAGGAGUAACCAGCGAGGUACAGGAGUGGGUAAGAGACAGAAACCCUACCUCCCUUACCGAAGCAGCCAGGAAGGCAGACGAGUACCUGGAUGCACGCAGGCAGCAAAAACCUGCAGCUCCAAAAGUACCUUUUAAAACCUUUGGGGGAAACAACUACACACCAGCUCUACCAAGGUCACUGCCACCACCACCACCACCCGCUGCACAGCCACGUUUCCGCCAGCCCACGUCGGGCCCUUGCCACCACUGCCAGAAGUGGGGACAUUAUAAAUGGGAAUGCCCCCAGUUGCGGGACCGUUCCACCUGGAUCCGACCCGGUCCACCACCACCACCGAGAGCCGCCGCAGCCCAUCACUACCAGGACAUUGUGGCCACACCGUAUGGUUCAGCAGUUCCCAUCACAACCGUAGAGCAGUGGGAGGUACUGCACGAGGCAGAUCCCGUCCAGGCUAAUGCAGACAACCGCCAGCACCACAGGCAGACCGUGUAUCUGGAGGGUAAAGCGGUUCAGGGGCUACGUGACUCAGGAGCCACCAUCACCCUGGUAAAAAGUCACCUGGUCUCAGACCAAGCUAAACUUAGUAAGACUGUGGCCGUCAGGGUAGCCGGGGGAGCAGUAUACCGGCUACCCACAGCAAGGGUACAUUUGCAUUGGGGAGCGGGGGCAGGGCAUGUGGAGGUGGGGUUGAUGCCGCAGUUACCGGCGGAGGUUUUAUUGGGGAACGAUCUGGGGAGGCUCACAUCUGCUUUUGAGCCCCAGACACCCACCACAGGAGAAGCUCACCCUGUGGUCACUCGACAACAGGCCCGCACCCAGGACUACAGCACACUCCCGGAGGUCCAGGUAAGAGAUCCUUCCCCUUCCCUUGACUGUGUUCUCUGGGCCCCUCCUAACGAAUUUGCAGCUGAGGUAGUGACUGACCCCACCUUGCAGGUGUAUAGGGACAAGGUGACAGCAGACACGCCUGGGGGGGAGGGCGAAAGGUUUAUUUGGGACAACCAGCUGUUAUAUCGGGAGACGGAUAAGCAGGUAUCCGGGUCAGACCCGAUUGUGAUGAGGCAGUUAGUGGUACCUCAGAGGUACCGUGCGGAGUUACUACGGAUAGCUCAUGACAUUCCGCUAUCUGGACAUUUAGGGGUCAGCAGGACCCGAUACAGGUUAACCCAAAGUUUCUUUUGGCCGGGAAUUAGCCAGGAGGUGCGCAGGUAUUGCAACACGUGCGAUACCUGUCAAAGGGUGGGGAAAAGGGGGGACCGGCGCAAGGCCAAGUUACAUCCCUCCCCAUAAUCGAGGAACCCUUUAGCAGGGUAGCAGUUGACCUAAUAGGACCCCUCAACAAAGCAAGCCCGUCAGGUAAAAGAUUUAUCCUGACCGUAGUAGAUUAUGCCACUAGAUAUCCAGAGGCGGUGGGCCUGACGAAUAUACAGGCUGAGACAGUAGCGGAAGCCCUGAUGAAGAUAUUCUCCCGGGUGGGACUCCCCAGGGAGAUUGUCUCCGAUCAGGGCACCCAGUUCACCGCCGAAGUCACGCAGCGCCUCUGGAAGUUUUGUGACAUUAAGCCGGUCAUUAGUUCCCCUUACCACCCCCAGACGAAUGGGCUCUGCGAACGUUUCAACGGUACAUUGAAACAAAUGCUCCGAACCUUCGCAGAGACCCACAAGGACUGGGAGAAGUUCCUGCCACACCUCCUCUUUGCUUACCGGGAGGUGCCGCAGGAAUCCACUGGGUUCUCCCCAUUUGAACUAUUGUUUGGCCGCAGGGUACGAGGGCCUUUAGAUUUGAUCAGAGAGCAUUGGGAGGGAGAACGGAGCACUGACGGUACCCCCAUCAUACCCUAUGUGUUGGCAUUCCGAGACCGCCUUGAGGCCUUAACUCAGACGGUACGCGAGAAUUUGCAGGCGGCUCAGACACGCCAGCGCACAUGGUAUGAUCGGGGCGCCAGGGACCGUAGCUUUCAGGUCGGGCAGAAGGUGUUAAUCUUAAAACCUGUCCGACACGAUAAGCUGCAGGCCGCCUGGCAGGGCCCUUAUAAGGUGGUGGAACAACGGUGUGACACCACUUAUAUAAUCGGCUCGUGCGUUGGUACUGGGGGGCGACGCAUGCUCCAUGUGAACAUGAUGAAGCCCUACCAGGAGCGCUCGGAGGAAGUGACCGCUAUAUGUGCGCCUAACUCCGAGGAGUUUGACAGUUUACCUCUCCCGGAUCUGCUGGGAGAGGGUCAGUUAUCCGAGGACUUAGGGGAGGUCACCCUGGGGGAUCGGUUGAGCCAACAGGAGCGGAGCGAGGUACAACAGCUGUUGAGGGAGAAGCAGGAUAUCUUCUCUAAUGUACCUGGUUACACCCCUCUGGCCACUCACCGAGUAGACACCCCAGGGCAACUUCCCAUGCGUCAGACCCCGUACCGCAUCCCAGAAGCGGUACGGGCGAACAUGCGCAAGGAGAUAGAUGAGAUGCUCCAGCUGGGGGUGAUUGAGCCCUCUGACAGCCCCUGGGCAUCUCCGGUAGUACUAGUACCAAAGCGGGACGGCACGACCCGGUUUUGUGUAGACUACCGGAGAUUAAAUGAGAAGACGGUAUCGGACGCCUAUCCUAUGCCCAGGAUAGACGAACUCCUGGAUCGGAUGGCAAGGGGGCACUAUCUCACCACAAUUGACUUGUGUAAAGGGUAUUGGCAAAUACCCUUGGCACAAGACGCCAUCCCUAAGUCGGCCUUUGUCACCCCAUUCGGCUUGUACCAAUUUAAGGUCAUGCCGUUUGGGAUGAAAAACGCCCCGGCUACUUUUCAGCGGAUGGUGGACCGCCUCCUAGAUGGGUUCCAGGAUUAUACCUGCGCAUACCUCGACGAUAUUGCCAUCUUCAGCAAUACCUGGCAGGAACACCUGACCCAUAUAGGAGCGGUCCUAGACAGGAUUAGGGCCGCUGGUUUAACGCUGAAACCAGCCAAAUGCAGCAUAGGAAUGGCUGAAGUACAGUACCUAGGUCAUCGGGUAGGAUGCGGCAAGCAAAAGCCGGAACCAGCCAAAGUAGAGGCUGUAGCUCAAUGGCCCACCCCUAGGACUAAGACCCAGGUGUUAGCGUUCUUAGGAACGGCCGGAUACUACCGGAAAUUUGUCCCGAAUUACAGUGCCCUGGCCAAACCUCUCACCGACUUGACCCGUAAAAACCUACCCCGCCAAGUAACCUGGACCCCGGAGUGUGAACAGGCAUUUCAGUUGUUAAAAGAUGCAUUGACAAAUGCCCCUGUCUUGGCCGCUCCCAAUCCAACUAAGCGUUUUCUUGUCCACACAGACGCUUCUAUGUUUGGAUUGGGAGCAGUAUUAAGCCAAGUCGGGGCCGAUGGCGGAGAACAUCCCGUGGCUUACAUCAGCCGGAAACUGUUACCUCGGGAAGUAAGCUACGCCGCCAUCGAGAAAGAAUGCCUGGCUGUGGUGUGGGCCCUGAAGAAAUUACAGCCAUAUUUGUACGGACAAGCUUUUUCCCUGCUCAUGGAUCACAACCCGUUAGUAUGGCUAAACCGGGUGGCUGGGGACAAUGCCCGGCUGCUGCGCUGGAGUCUGGCGCUGCAGCCCUUUGACUUUAAUAUCCAGUACCGCCCGGGUAAACAGAAUGGAAAUGCUGAUGGGUUGUCUCGACAAACUGACCUAGAGAAAUGAUCCGUGAGCCUCCCCGGACAUCCCCAAGCCGAUCCGUGUUGGAUCAGACUGUGUAUGCCGGCUUGUGGACAAGGGGGAGCAGUGUAGCGGAUGGCACCAGGCGACCCUACAAAAAUAUUGUAUAAAGCUGCAUCCGUGUAUCUGCUGUAAUUUCUGUGUAUUUAAAAAGAAUUGUAUUCCUCUGAUUGUUCGGUAGUUUCAUUCCCUUAGUUUAUUCGAAUGAAACUACCGAACAACCAGACCUCCCUGUGUGAAGUGUGUCCUCAAUUACCCGUUGCAACAUUGUUGCGAACGGGUAAUUGAACAGUAAGUAGCCGUCCUUUGUUCUCGGGGGUGGCCGCCAUUCGACAAACGAACACGUGGCGGCGGCCAUUUUAAAACUCCCGAACAGCGGUGUUUUGCCGUCGAGUGUCUGGAACUAAAAUCGGACACUCGAGUAGGCGAACACCGCUGAGACCUCCACAGCCCUGGUCCGUUCGGUUCCAAACUACCGAACGGCCCCUCGUUCGGUAAAUAGAGAAUACCAAACGAGGGGAUUCAGGCGAACCCUCCCUAGCCUCUAUAGCUAGAGGCUUUCGUGUAUUUUAUUCCCUUAUGCCAGGACCGACCGCAAGGCCCAUUCACAUGGAACCGAAUUGGGCUAUCUCUGUUCGUGCGGUCGGUCAUUUUAUUCCCUCCAUACUUUUCCCGAACCCCUGGUCCGAUCUGGGUGAUUUUUGGAUAUGUUGUUCACCCAGAUCAGGACUACCCGGGGAUGUAUGAUGUAAAGGGGUACCCCUACGUUUAGGGGUACAUCCAGAAACGGGGGGAAUUGGUGUGCUGGAUAAGGGGAUUAUGAUGCUGGCUGAGGGGAGGGGAUGUGUGGGAGGUUACCAGGACAGGAUUGGCUACUGUAAUAAUUACUGUAAAUUCCUCCCUUGCAUGGGAGCAUGCUUUAUAAGGAGACUGUGAUUAAAGGCUUGUCAGUUAUGCUCCUGAAACUGUGUGUCGUCCAGUUAUUGGGAUUGCUGUUGGGAUAUUGCUGUAUUUUACCUGCUGGAAACCCUGCCUUUGGAUUUACUAUUUACCUGUUCCUGAGUCUCACUUGGAUUAUAAGCGGAGAUAACCUGGGUAAUAUUGCAUCUCCGCUACAGUGAUCAUCGAACAAUCAAGCGUUUCAUUCAAAAUAGUCAACAGGGUCGCAAGAAGCGUGUGGAAAAACCAAGGCGCAAAAUAACUGCCCAUGAACUGAGAAAAGUCAAGCGUGCAGCUGCCACGAUGCCACUUGCCACCAGUUUGGCCAUAUUUCAGAGCUGCAACAUCACUGAAGUGCCCAAAAGCACAAGGUGUGCAAUACUCAGAGACAUGGCCAAGGUAAGAAAGGCUGAAAGACGACCACCACUGAACAAGACACACAAGCUGAAACGUCAAGACUGGGCCAAGAAAUAUCUCAAGACUGAUUUUUCUAAGGUUUUAUGGACUGAUGAAAUGAGAGUGAGUCUUGAUGGGCCAGAUGGAUGGGCCCGUGGCUGGAUUGGUAAAGGGCAGAGAGCUCCAGUCCGACUCAGACGCCAGCAAGGUGGAGGUGGAGUACUGGUUUGGGCUGGUAUCAUCAAAGAUGAGCUUGUGGGGCCUUUUUCGGGUUGAGGAUGGAGUCAAGCUCAACUCCCAGUCCUACUGCCAGUUCCUGGAAGACACCUUCUUCAAGCAGUGGUACAGGAAGAAGUCUGCAUCCUUCAAGAAAAACAUGAUUUUCAUGCAGGACAAUGCUCCAUCACACGCGUCCAAGUACUCCACAGCGUGGCUGGCAAGAAAGGGUAUAAAAGAAGGAAAUCUAAUGACAUGGCCUCCUUGUUCACCUGAUCUGAACCCCAUUGAGAACCUGUGGUCCAUCAUCAAAUGUGAGAUUUACAAGGAGGGAAAACAGUACACCUCUCUGAACAGUGUCUGGGAGGCUGUGGUUGCUGCUGCACGCAAUGUUGAUGGUGAACAGAUCAAAACACUGACAGAAUCCAUGGAUGGCAGGCUUUUGAGUGUCCUUGCAAAGAAAGGUGGCUAUAUUGGUCACUGAUUUGUUUUUGUUUUGUUUUUGAAUGUCAGAAAUGUAUAUUUGUGAAUGUUGAGAUGUUAUAUUGGUUUCACUGGUAAUAAUAAAUAAUUGAAAUGGGUAUAUAUUUGUUUUUUGUUAAGAUGCCUAAUAAUUAUGCACAGUAAUAGUCACCUGCACACACAGAUAUCCCCCUAACAUAGCUAAAACUAAAAACAAACUAAAAACUACUUCCAAAAAUAUUCAGCUUUGAUAUUAAUGAGUUUUUUGGGUUCAUUGAGAACAUGGUUGUUCAAUAAUAAAAUUAAUCCUCAAAAAUACAACUUGCCUAAUAAUUCUGCACUCCCUGUAUAAGAACUACUCCAGUAGCACCAAUACGGAAAUGUUUAGAUCACACUCUUUGUUUGCACCAUUGGAAUAGUCUAUCUACUCACCUGUUCUUGUGGCCUGAUGUUUGUGGGUAAGACUAUUUAAAUACAGAAUCCAGGAACACGCUAAUUCAAUAUGGAGAUGUCUGGAAACCCCAAUCUCCGGGCAUCUACAUCACCACCAUGACCACUCCUCAGCUGGUAUAAGAUUUAUGAGUCUGGAACAUGUACCUCAACCAACAGGUAAAGGGUGUUGGUACAUAAAACUUUGUCAGAGAGAGGCGUUCUGGGUCUAUAGGUCAAAAACACUAUCGCCACAAUGAUUAAAUAAAGGGUUUUCUUAUUCCCUCCUCAUAUGAUACAGGGACUUAUUCUGUGACUAGGUGGCUUUUUAUUGUAAGCUAGUAUGCUAUACAACAAUUAUUGUCUAAACCUUUUUUAACCUUUUUAGUUACUUGCACUUUUUAAUUGGUGUCUUUGCUCUCAUCUAAAAAUGUAUAAUGAUGACUGACUACUUGUGACAUUAUAGUAGUUCAUGUAUUCUUCAGUGGUUCUUUAUACCACUUUAAUUUAGACUUCUACUUAUGGUAAACCAAUUCAGAGACACAUGCCUGGUUGAAUAUAUGAAUUAUAAACCAUGGAUCGGACGCACUGAGCAUUAGUUAUGUGCUUGUUGCUGCAAACCUUACACUUGACUACCAAUGGACCUUAUAAUUUCAUUACUUUUAAUGUUAUCACUGAUGUCUCGCUUCAUUAGCCAUGUGCAACUUUUCUUUUUGAUGUGAUAUUCUUUGGAUUACGGUCACACAGUAGUGAGCUUGAUUGUAGCAUGAUUUAAGUCACAGCAUUUACUUGUGUAACCAACUGACGAUACAAUGUAACAUUUAUUAUAGAUACUCAACUUACAGCUAUACUUAUGAUUACAUGUGGGAGAUACCUUCUAAUGGGUCAACCCACGUUGGCACUAUUCAUCCAUAAUGCAAUCACCCAUCAUGUAUUCUUCUUCUGCCUGCCUUAUAAUUAUGACAUGGCAGAAAUGCCAUUUCCUGCAGGACAUUUCAAGUAAUGGUAUUAACCCUUCUUUACAGCUAACUAGGACAUAAUAUAACUCUAUUUUCGUUGUGGUAUAAACAAGGGUAUAAAAUAUUAUGGUAACUGCCCACUAUGUAUGUUGGUUUGCAGCAAUCGCAUGUGGGUGGUGCUUGAUGAUGGGAUGCCCCAUCCCAUUACUAUUGAACACACCCACUCUGCGCAUGUCACGGAAGCUGCCCACGUCCCACGUUGGGUCGGACCUAUGACGCUGCAUACUGACGUCUCCUGUGCAGACAGUUCGAUAUGGGCGAAUGGAUGCUGCUUUCCUCUAAUGGGUAAUGUGAACAAAUAUUGCCUAAUUGGACUACAGCCAUGCUAGUCACAGGUGGUGACUGCCUAUUGGCGGUCUUCCCAACCCCAUUGAUUAUACACCUACCUACUAGGUCUGGCUACACUUCAAGUAAGGGGAUUGGAUGCGACAUCUUUGUGCACCGCCCCCUGACCAGCUGAUUCUGUUAUGGCUCAUUGUUUAUAUGGUAUUCAAACAGACUACUGGAUGAGACAGACUACUUUGCCCCUGACGACGGUAUUGUACCACACCGAAACGCGCGUCAGGCUCUUUUACUAUUUUUAAUUAUGCACUUAUUUUCACGUUAGGUAGCACUUCGCCUUUUCUUUGAGUUAUCUCUGCAGGGUCUAUGGUAUAGGUAGACACUAGCCUAGUGCGGUGCUGAGGUAUUAGGGACAGAAUAUUUUUGUGGGGUAUGAUGUGUUCCUAUUACUGAUUUUCUAGCAGUGGAGUAAUUCUGCUCUUUGUAUACUCAUCUCUUUAUCUACAAUUUUCGCUGGACGAGCAAUUUCAUUCUUUCUGAGUGAUAUGUAGUCAAUUCUCUUGUGUCCCCAUCUACCCUUUGACAGUAACUGUAUAUUAGCAGGAUAUCUAACCAGAGUGGAGUUACUUUUGUGCCUUUCAUCUGUCCUAUAGGGCUAACCUCUACCUGGCAUUCAGACACUGUCUUUCCUAUUUAGGACCCUAGUUAGAUAUAGUGGCUCUAAGUUAUAGUCUUAAUAAAGGUUUUUAAUUCAAUUUAUUUUGGUUUUGCUACUAUACUAUUUUAGGUUGUACUCUUUCUCAUAGUGCCCCUCUUUUGGGAGUGGAUGAGUGAACGAUAGCUAGUGCCUGCAUGUAAUGCAAAAUAAAUUAAAGGGUGGUCAUUUAACGAUGAGUUUAUCAAGCAGGCUUGGGGUUUUCCUCUUCAGUCUACCCACACUGGUACAGGAAUGUGCAAAUUACACAGUAUAUCAGAAUCAGAAAUAGUGAAACUCUCUAUACCAUUGGUCUCAAUUAAAAUUACUUGGGGGUCACUGGCCUAGUAAUCCUUUCACAUGAGGGCAGCUUGUAAAAAUCACAAAUCACAAAAUUGCAAGGAAACGUAAGUAACCACAUAGGUAGCCGGUUCCCCUAUUUACCACUAUAAUGUCUUGAAGCAUAGAAUUUAGCAGGGCUAACCAUACAGAUAUCUUAGCCAUAAUAUUAUAUAGUUUGUAAGAGUUUCUCUAUUUAAAAUAUAUAAAUAAUUGAGAAUUCAAUAUAAAGACAGAGACCAGCCCAUAAUUGUACAUGGAAAUGAAUGUAACGACAGGAGGCUGAGUGAGGCCUUGUGAAAUUUAGGUAAUCGUAACGAGUAAGAUUUCAGUACCUGAUACUGUAUGUCAGGAACAAGGUCGACAAUCCGUAUUUUUAAACGUAGUAAUUUGAUGUGCCUAAAAUCUUGACAUAGUGAGAGAGCUAAGAACAACAUGUAAGAGAGAAUUAAAAGACGCAGGAGGUUUAAUAGAGUGCGAAUGCUGAAAAGGGAAAAUGAACCCUCUGAAUAGGAUGUAUCAAAGGUAGCCAAGUAUAAUUUAAACAGAUAUGUGACCUAGUUAGGUGGCCUAUUAAACUGACAGAGUAUUGAGAACCUAGCCGAGAGCUUGCUUACAAAAUAAAAGAACUGUUAGUCAUGACAGAAUCAGAUAAUGACAUGGAUAAGAAACUCCUGAAGUUUUUUAAUGUAGUUUUUAAAUUAACCAGAGUGACAUAGUGAAAGCAAUACUUUAAUGUAGUGAUUAUCAGAUAUUUUGGCUAUGUGGAUGGAGCAGGAAGUGGUAUAGGUUACUGAAUCCCCUAAUUGAAAGAGAAAUUGUAUGAGGAUACAUGUGAAAUACUGACUAGGAUUCGAAUUAGUGUACAAAUAGAUUUUUAAACGAAGUGCCUUGUAAACGAAUGGAUAAAGUGAACCAGUAUCUAACGAAAACCGUUGGAAAAUACAUACAAAUGAAAUAAGUGAAGGAAAUUUUGAUUGAGUGAACUGACUACAUGGUCGAAGAACAGACCGUUCGUAUGCACGAAUAGGUAUAGCUGAUACGAGAAAACUGUAUUGGAAGCUUUGUACGAACUUACUGAAAGCCGCCCAAAAAUAUUUGAAUGGAUGAUUACGUGAACGAGAAAACAAACAAAGAUGUGAACACAAAAAAGGAGCCUAUCUCUGCGUUUAUAGGCUCAAAUGUAGGAAUAAUCGAUCGUUAUUCCCUAUGUGAACUUACGUGUGCGUGCUGGGUCUCGUGUCUGGAAGGCGGGUGGAUGCCCAAAGGGUAGCCAGAGUGUUAGGCCAGAGGUCGGAGAAGAGGGACGCUGGAGUUGAAGUUUUGGCGGAAGUGCUGGUUGCUAUGGUAACAGGUCAACCAGCGAGAUCGACAUAGGUGAGUAGGAGCCAUGCGUUUAAAUAUGCAAAAAACUCCUCCCACAAAUUCAGGCCUAAUGGCCUUCCUAUAUGUUAACUUAAAAAAACUUUUUUCAGGCAGUAGGGGGACUGCCUGAGAGUUCAGGCAGUCCCUCUGCAGGCAGACCUGCGGACAGCCAUUCCGGCCAGUUGAUUGCGAGGACCCCACGAUUACAUUGCCCAGGAAGGCUGGAUCAUAUGGAGGGGGACUGCCUGGGCUCGCAGGCAGUCCCCAGGAUCGCGACCGCAGAGGUUUGCGGGGACCUAGUAAGUAGUAAGAAUGGCGAAAGGAAAAAAAGGAGUACAGUCCAUUUUUUAAUCAUCAUAAACAAAGACAAACAAAAUAAUAAUAAAAAACACACUACCCCAAAAAUAAACCCAUAAAGAGGAGAUAAUGAAGCUCAGUAGGCUAGGAAGGGGAGGCCAAAUGAAGGCACAAUACCUGAGGUUAGAUAAUCCAAUAUGGCAUAUAAGCCACCUAUAGAAGAAAUAUGAAUAGCUAUAUAACCUAUAUUGGAGACUGGGUAAAUCUCCAAGUACCCCUAGUGCCCCAAUCAGUUGUAAAGUCCUAGAACUGAUAAUGUAAAUAUGCACUGAAUAGACAUUUAGCUAAACACUCUAGCCCUAUUGACGCAGAUAUAGCAAAUCUCUUGGUAUAAAAUAUUGAACAGCUAAUUCCAAGUGAUUGUCCACACUAAACUUUUGCACAUAUUAUACUAAAAGCUAUCCAUUAUUAAUCCUGUGUAUAGGAAGGCUACUGAGUAAUUAGGAGACAAAGUCCCUUUCUAAAGAGUGCUUAAAUCCGGCUUCUAUUCCCCAUAAAUUAAAUUAACACCCAAACAGUGCUAAAAUAAAAGUGCUGUGAGUUUAAAAAAUUAUGAGCCUAACGCGUAUUGGCGCUUAAACGAGCACCUUUCUCAAAGGCUAUCAAUGAGGACACUAACCUGAGCAUGUAUUUGUACCUAAAGCGGCACUGUGCAGAGCUAAUCCACGAGACAAUGGGCGGCAUUACAUUUACACGCCCCCAGGUCAGAGUGGUGGUGAGGGCAUCAUGGUUUGGGGCUGCUUUGCUGCGUCAGGGCCUGGAUGGAUUGCUAUCAUCGAAGGAAAAAUGAAUUUCCAAGUUUAUCAAGACAUUUUGCAGGAGAACUUAAGGCCAUCUGUCUACCAGCUGAAGCUCACUUUUUCUUUUACAUCUCAAUACAAAUACAACAAUAUAAAACUUGGAAAAACUCACAAUAUUUAGAGCCUUUCUGAGCUGGCUCUAAACUUUAGAGGCAGAUACAUCAAUCAUAUGUGGAUUUGAGCUUGUAGGUCCCUUGGAAGAUAUCUGGAGUCUUCCUUCUUAUAAAAAUCAGGAACCAGGUUGCCAAAUGGAUAAAAGGGAAAUACUUUUAUUGAAACAAAAUUAAAUAAAAUAGAGCACAACGCGUUUCGACCUAAUGCAAUAGGUCUUCCUCAGGUGCAUAUCAUAAUGACCUUCUUAUAUAGUAUACCUAAUAAAUAUAAUUACAUUACAAAUAUUAACAGCUGUGGAUUGAUGGUCCAUCCUCCUCGCCAUAUAUGGAGUGUUUCUGGCAAUUAUCUGAGUAUAUUCGCCUCCUCCAAGAUGUCCACCGUGCCAUUAUUCUCUGUGAAGGUACAUCAGACCUUCCAAAGAUGGCGUCUUUGCCGUCUCGCUAAAAAUAGUCACUUCCGGUUUCGUCCGGCUCCGAUCACAUGAUCCGGCUCUGAUCACGUGGUUAGAGAGGGCGUAGACAUGUAGUUUAUUAUAUGUCAAUCAUAGGAACAAAGUCCGUUUCAUAUCCAAAUUAUACAAAGAUAAGAGAAAAAGGAAAUGUGAAUAAUAACAAUAUGCAGAAAAUAAACUAACAAUAUUCCAUUUGGCAAUAUAAAAUAUAACAAUAUAGCAAUAAUUAUAUGUUUAAAAAAUAUAAAACUAGCAAGUAUGCUUAUAGUCCUUAAACCAAAGGUAAAAAGAGGGUAGAGGUAGAAGUUAAGUUGUAAAAUAAAUAUAAUCCUGUAACAAUGAGUAUAAAACAUAUAAAAAUAAUAUAUAUAAAAAUAGUAUGUGUGAUUAUGACCCUUAAACCAAAAGUGAAAAAAGGUGGGAUUAAGUUAUAAAAUUGGACCUAUUUCAAAAUCAAUAUUUAGAACUUUGGAGCAUAAUGUUUGAAGCUCAUAUAUCCAAUUUGAUUCUUUCUUACUUAAAUUAAAAGUACUAUUAAAGGAAGUGAUGUUAAAAUUCUUUUUAGUUACAUUCGAUAAAAAAAAUCUUUUUUUUCUUAGUUACAUGGGUGUUUUUUCAGGUAUAACAGUUGUCACAAUGAUGAAAGCCUUUUUGGGUUUUUGACCAUUUUGUUAGAAAAUAAAGGUUCUUAUCCUUUUUCUCUAUGUAAUUUGAGCUUAAAAUCUGCUAAAACAAAAUUCCCCCCCCUAAAAAUUAAGUUAGGCUUCUCUCCUCUAAAAUCAUACAUUUCAUGUUCUUGCUGCAAGAUGUGCCAGUUCUUAUUCACAAUUCUUUUUAAUGUACCAACAAUACUACAAUAGUUAAAAAUAAGUGGGAUUUGCUUAUCCUGAUUAUUGGUGUGUCUGUGUCUGGUGUAGUCUGCGUGCUUCGGAUAGCAACUAUGUUGCGCCAAGAGCCAAACUACAAAAGCUCGGUAUGACAAGGUGUGAUGAUCUAUACCUUUGAUGUACAUUUAUAAUAUAAAUUAGUAUAUUAAUAAUUGUAUUCACCACCUGUAAGCGUUCUCAUUAAUCCACAAAUUAUUUAUACCUGAAUCACAUUUAAGGCACAUACAAAACAUUGCAUAAAGGAAUGUGAUGCCUAUAAAAUACCUAUAAAAGUAACCUUAUUCUACUUAACUUGCUUCAUAUAUAAGAAGGUUGAAGUCAAAGAGACACUUGCAGUUUACUUUCUUAAGAAGAAACAUUUCCAAUUCUUCAUAUAACUCAAUCAGAGAUCAACAUGAAGCAUCAAGGCAGCUACUCUUCUUCUGGAUCCCUCAGAGUAGGCCACAGCUCUAGAGGCCAUUGUUCCUCUGGUAGCAUCUCUUCACUUCAUCAUGGAAGCUCCAAUACACUUCACCAUAAGAGCUUCAGCUGCUCUAAUACUGGUGGUUCCUAUAAAUCAUCCAGCCACCUUGGAGGAAACUCAAAACUAUCUAUCAGUUCAUCUGCUGGUCUUGCACAUGGAGGUGGAAGUGGCCAUGGUGGCCUUACAAGUCAUCUCAAGAGUUCUAACAACCACGCUCAUAACCUACUUCGUAUUAAUGAGAAAGAUACAAUGAGGGCUCUGAAUGAGCGUCUUGCCUCCUAUUUAGACAAGGUCCAUUCGCUGGAGCAGGAGAAUGCUGAGCUGGAAAGGAAGAUAUGUGAAUGGUAUGCAAACAAUGCCCCAAGCUCACUCCCUGACUCCAGUGAGUACUAUAGGACUAUUCAGGAGCUACAGAACCAGGUAAACCAAGACAUGUAUGAGUUUAUCUCCAAUGUGUUCAGUUGUAGGAUGAUCUUACCUACAAUGCAUGUUUUAAUGAGUUAAAGUAAACUUGUCCUUCAAUAAAACAUUACAUGAUAAAAUAUAUUGUAUACACUGCAUACAUUUCAUUCUGAUUUGAACUAAACCAAUAUAUAUGCCAUUAAAGACUUCUUCUAAUGUGGUUAUCCUACUUACAAUGUAUGUUUUAAUGACUUAAUAAACGUACCAUUCUGUAAAAUAAUUCUAGUCCUAAAAACUCAUGUAGAAUUGACUGUAUAAUUGAGAUACAGAGAUGUUCAAAACUGUUUUAUAUAACUUAUAUAAUAAAAAAUGUUAUAUACACUAUAUAAAUAGUAUGAUGUUGUUACAUUCAAGAAUGCAGCAUUUCAAAUUCUGAACACAGAGCCUUAAAAAUCGCAUGUGGUUCAGCUUUUCUCACAUAGAAAAUAUAAUAUCAGUGUGUAUAAACAACAGAACAUUUUCUCAUAACUUUAGUUAUAGUCAAAUAUAGUUCACGGAGACCAAAAUAUUUAAGCAAAAGAAGUAAUAUAAAUUAUUAUUAGAGAUGAAUUGAUAAUGACUUUGCUUACCAGAUUUCUUCGGCGACAAUUAACAGUGGAAGGAUUGUCCUACAGAUAGAUAGCGCUCAACAAGCUUCAAAUGACUUCAGAAGCAGGUAAGUCUAUGAAGUUAAGAGAUUUAAAGGAACAAGUGAAGACUUUGCUUUAUACAACUAUAGUGGCAUAUAAAAGGUGACUUUGUGUGGCAAAAUAUAAAUAUAAACAUAUAUUCAUCAAGUAUGGUGGUUAGUAUUAAAUGAAUAAUUAAAAAACACAAUAUAAAAAAAAUCUAAAAAGGCCUAAUUUCUCACAAACAAACCUAUUUUUAUAUUGUUACAGCAAAACAUUCAGCAUAGAAUUGUACAUAACUUCAGUUUAAUGAAAAUUAUCUUGAGUCAACGAUGAGGUCUACCAGCACUGCAGUAACUGCUUUAGUAAUGUUCUUACUACCGUAUAUACUCGAGUAUAAGCCGAGUUUUUCAGCACAUUUUUUGUGCUGAAAACCCCCAACUCGGCUUAUACUCGAGUCAGUCUGUAUUAUGGCAAUUUACAUUAAUUUACAUUGCCAUAAUACAGACUGGGGGCUGGCAGAGCUGUUACUUACCUCUCCUGCAGCUCCUGUCAGCUCUCUCCUCCUCCGCGCCGGUCCGGUCAGCACCUCGGUCAGCUCCCAGUGUAAGUCUCGCGAGAGCCGCGGGGUCAUAGUGCGGCUCUCGCGAGACUUACAGUGUGAGCUGACAGAAGAGCUGCACGGACCGGCGUGGAGGAGGAGAGAGCUGACAGGAGCUGCAGGAGAGGUAAGUAACAGCUCUGCCAUCCCCCCUCCUCCCCCCACUGAACUGCCAAUGCCACUGGACCACCAGGGAAGGAGAGCCCCCUCCCUGCCAUGUAUCAAGCAGGGAGGGGGGACAACAAAAUAAAUAAAUAUAAUAAAAAUAAUAAUAAAAAAAUAAUAAAAAUAAUAAUAUAUAAAUAAUAAAAAUAAUAAUAAAAAAAAUAAUAAAAAAAAAUAUAUAAAUAAUAAAAAUAAUAAUAAAAAAUAAUAUAACAAUUUUUUUUAAAUAAUAUCAAUUAAUAAUAUAUAAAUAUAAAUAAUAAUAAAAAAAUAAUUAAAAAAAUAAUAUAACCCCCCAAAUUUUUUUUUUUAUAAAAAUGCCCACCCCCCACCAAAGCUCUGCAACACAAACACACACUGCAUCACACACACACACUGCAUUCAUACACACACACUGCAUUCAUACACACACUGCAUUUAUACACACUGCGCACUCAUACACACACACUGCACUCAUACACACACUGCGCACUCAUACACACACACUGCAUUCAUCAUAUACACACACUGUAAAUAAAUAUUCAAUUAAUAUAAUUUUUUUAGAAUCUAAUUUUAUUUAGAAAUUUACCGGUAGCUGCUGCAUUUCCCACCCUAGUCUUAUACUCGAGUCAAUAAGUUUUCCCAGUUUUUUGGUGUAAAAUUAGGGGCCUCGGCUUAUAUUCGGGUCGGCUUAUACUCGAGUAUAUACGGUAAGUUUUCGGUUGAGGAAAGUUAGUGCAGUAGCUGUAAACUUCCUUAUGUGUUCUACUAAGGUGUCUGUUAUGUUUGAUUGUAAGCAUUGGUUUUGUCUAGUAUGGUUUUAACUGUUAGAAGCCAUAACUUCUUUGGUGGAUUUUCUUUUGUUGUCUGUGUCUUUGUUUUUCUUAAAUGUCCACUUUGUAAAAUAGAGUUACGACCAUAGGUUAGAAGAUAGUGUUGACCUUUAUGGUAGACUAUUGGCUAAUUUAGGAUUAUCAAGGCAUUAUAAUUUAUCCAUAACUAUUUAUCUAUAUUGUUGCAUGCCGUGUAAUCACAAUACAAUAUAUUGUAAAUACCGUUACACAAUCCUUUGCUAACUGCACAUGGCAUUGCCGUAGUUAUCAUCAAGCUGCGUUUUUGUCAUGUUAUUCCACACCGGAAAAAAUACUUUCAACCAGCGUUAAAUUGAAAAGUGAUAAAGAGUUGAUGCCAUGCCUAUUCUCAGAAUUGAUUAUAUAAUAUAGUGUGCUCUUUUAUUAUUAUUAUUAUAAAUUUAGGUGUGAGAUGGAGAUAAACACAAGGAACAAUGUGGAUGGAGAUACUGGUUCUUUGAGAAGAGUCUUACAACAAAUUAACAAUGAAGUGCAAACCUUAUCCGGAGAAGUCCAAUGUCUCCAGCAAGAACUUUUCCAGAUGAGGAACAACCAUUCAGGGGUAAAGUGGAAAUAUGUCAAUGGCCUAUUACUAUAAUUUAUUAAAACACUACUGAGAACAAAGAUGUAUUUGGAAUAAUUACAGGACUUCAAAUGUCAAGUCGUAAGCUAGUAGCCAGGCCUCAAAAGUUUUUUGCCACUGCAGCCUAGAGAAUCCUUGGCACUUUUACCAUUAGUUACUUUGUACGAUGCAGGGCUAAAUUAUUACUACGAUUGUCCAGUUAAUUUUUUUCCAUUAAUUAAUAAAAGUUAACAGUUUUGGGGAUCUCUUUCUUGCAUACAUCGUGAGUGUUUGUUUACACAUUGAAACCUAAGGGUUAUUUAUUUCUUUAUAAAUUACUUUAAAAUUUUUCUUUCACGUCUUACCCUAGUUCUUUGUCUUUUUCAAAGGAAGUGGAUGGUCUGCGUGCUCAGCUUGGAACCAGAGUCAACGUAGAAAUGAAUGCUGCUCCAUCCAUCGACCUGAACAGAGCUCUAUCUGAGCUCAGAGAAGAAUAUGAAAAUAUGAUGGAGAGGAACCUCAGGGAAGUCGAGGGCAUGUUCUUGGCAAGGGUAAUUCUAACCAUAAUAUCAUGGAGCAACUAGCUGACAGUAAACUACAACACUAAAACUAUAGACCCAUACCAGAUUGGUAAGAACAGUAUUAUAUUUUUACAUGAAAUUUUUUUUUCUUGCAGAGUGCAGAACUGGACCGUGAGAUGUCUUUAGGAGCCGUACAAUUGCAGUCAGUUAAUAAUGAUAUCAUUGAUUCAAAGCGGUCUUUACAGACCCUGGAGAUCGACUUGCAGAGCCAGCUAAGUAUGGUAUGUAAGCAUGAAUUAAAAUAUGUAAACAUAUAUAAAGCAACACCAAGACUAUAUUCUGCAUUUGCUGUUUUAAUUGGUUCUAAUAAUGCUUUAUUGACUACAAAGUAACUUGUGUCAGUCUUUAGUUUAAGAAAGUUUACCCUUGGCAAUUUUUUUAUGUCUCCAAGUUGGAGAUUAACAAUAGUACAAUAAUAUGAUGUAAAAAAUAAAUCCAUGAAUAAAGGAUCAUAUACUUAUUUAGUUAAGUAAUAUUGCUGUGUCAUCAUUGGCAGAAAUCAGCUCUAGAGGGCACCUUAUCAGAGACGGAGGCAACGUUUGGUUCUCAGCUCUCCCAGUUACAAUGCAUGAUUGAUAACAUUGAAGGUCAGCUGACACAGAUCCGAUCUGACCUAGAACAACAGAAUCAUGAAUACCAAGUUCUCAUGGACCAGAAGACCCAUCUAGAGAUGGAAAUCAACACCUAUAGACAUCUGCUGGAUGGACAUGACAUUCAGUGCGUAUUAAGAUAUUUUUGUCAAAUUUAGUUGUUAAGUAUUCAGAUCAAAAAAGGAGAAGAAAAGCGAAAUAAUGCUGGUUUAAGUGUAGUCAUCAUUAUACAGUCUAUGAUGGAAACGUUGACAAAACCUGGCAAUUGAUAUAUCUUAAUAUUCAUGUAUAACACCAAUACAUGGGGCACUUACCUACAUUAAUGAGUAUACAGUCACAAGUGAGCAUAAUAAACACUAGAAUAUUUUAAAUUAAUUAGCUUAUAGAACAUAACGUAAAUUAUAAUAUUUGUAAGUGAGGUGGGCAGUUAAAUGUUUAUUUUGAGUUUAAUGGCAAGUUUUUUGUACAGACUAAAGGAACCGCGAUGGGGGCGAGUUUCGCCCCGUCCUAUGCCAAUUUAUUUAUGGGCUACUGGGAACAAGUUACGAUCUUUGCUAACCAGUUUUGGAUGGGGCGACUCGCCCUCUAUCGUAGGUUCAUUGACGACAUCCUUAUUAUCUGGAAGGGUAACUGGGGUGAAGUAGAGGACUUUAUGACAUCCAUCAACAAUAAUCAGUGGGGCCUCUCUUUCACACAUAAACAACAUAAAUCUACUAUAGAUUUUCUGGAUCUCACCCUUAUUGGGGUUGAGGGCAAAAUUAUCACCAAGACCUACCAGAAAAGUGUGGAUGUUAAUGGGUAUCUACAUGCCAGAAGUGGGCAUCAUCCCACGUGGAUUCAUAAUAUCCCCUCAGGGCAGUUCACCAGAAUCAGACGUAACUGCUCCUUUAUGUGUGAUUAUGAAAAAGAGGCACUAUUGCUCUCCCAACGUUUUGUAGAGAAAGCUUAUCCCCUGAGGAUUAUUUUGGAUGCCUAUUUGAAAGGUCUUAAGUUUGGGAAGGUACCACGGUCAGAGGCUCAUAAUAAAACUUUACUCAUGAUGAACUCCCCUAUACCAUCCUUAUAUAGAGGACAAGAAUAUCACUCCAGAGAACACUUUAAGAUCCUUGAACUUCUGGGUGGGUCCUGUGGCCAUUCUCUGAAAAAAGCAAAAUUUAAUAUCAGCACCAAAGAGGUUGGUACAGGUAAAACACCCAUAUUCUCCACUACCUUUAAUAUAGGUUUUGAUGAGAUUAUAGGAAUUUUUGACAAAUAUUGGCCAAUAUUGAUCAGUGACCCUUGGUUGUCAUUUUGUAUUGCAAAGGUUCCAAGGGUUACCUUUAGAAGGGCCCCUAAUUUGAAAAACAUUCUAGCUCCUUCGAAGCUAUACUGUCGAAAUGUAGGACACCAGGUAGUUCGCCAAGAGGUUGCAGUUAACAAGCGUUGUGGUCAUGCUAAAUGUUUAACUUGUGGAUUUAUUUGUCAUCAACAUUCCACAUUUAGCUCGUUUAAUAGUACUGAGAUCUUUUCUGUGCAGUCACCAAUCACCUGUAACACUUCUUUUGUGGUUUAUCUCCUCAUUUGUCCCUGUGGACGGCAAUAUGUGGGCCAAACUAUCAGACCCUUGAAAUUUAGGUUUCGAGAACAUAGGACAGCCAUAAUACGGAAUGACAGCAGAUCCCCGGUGGCCCGUCACUUUGCUAUUUUUCAUGAUAAUAAUCCUGUUGGUCUUAAACUAAUGGGAAUAGUACAUAUUCCCUUCCAUCAGGAUGAAGCGAAGAGGAAACGUGAAUUAAUUAAGGCUGAAUCAGUGUGGAUCUUUAAGUUGAAUUCCAUGUCACCUAAUGGCUUAAACGAGGAAUUAGAAUUAUUUUGAUAUGUUACAGUGAAUUAUGUUUUUUAUCCUAAAAUAUAUAAUCGUAAUGUUGUUUUUUGGUGUGUUUUUUUUUUUUUUUUAUGUUACACAUAUUGUUUUUUGUACCUGUUGCCUGACCUAAAUAUUAGGAUUAUUUGAAUGUUUUUACAUCUAUUUCCUUUAUAUUUAAGUUUAAUUAUAUUUUGAUAAGAUGUGUUAUAUACAUGCAAGUGAAUCCAAUACUGUUUUUUCUGAUUGCCUUAUUUGUGGGGUAUAUAUACCGGGUUACUUUACACCGUACUUCCUGUCUUGAAAAAGUCCCGUGGGAGGGACGAAACGCGUAGACGGAUGAAUCGGAUGAACCUACACUUGCUGUGAUUGAGGAGUGAGAGCAGGAAGCGCUUUCGUACUUUGGCGGGUUUUUUUUUUUUUUUUUUCAUCGGAUAAACUCUUUUGGCAUUGAAGCUGUAACGAGCUGUGGCGUUGAGUGUGUCCUGUAUAUAUCGCGGUCUUUUUUGAAGAUCCCGACCGCGGUAUAUUUCACAUAAUUCUGAGGAACCAUCUGUGCCACUUGUUGGACUUUACCAUCUCUCCAAGUUUUUCAUUUUCGCCUCCAGCUCAUUUUAUUCAGUAUUAUUAUUUUUUCUACACGUUCUGUGUAUACACCUCGGUGGGGGGCCCACACCGAGGAAAGGUACUUUUUAUAUCGAUUACAGUAUAUACUUAGUAUAAUAUGACGUGUUAGAAUUGUUAUACUUGUAUUUGUGUCUAAUAGGGAUGCUAUUCUGACACUUUGUUACUUUUUUACUUAGUGUCUGAGAUUAUCCUUUUGACCCAUUUGUUCACUCUGUAUUUUUGUGUGAUUAUAUUUGCCUUUUUUUACGGGAUACAUUGUUUUUUAUCCCAUAUCAGCAAGUCUAGGUCAUCUUUGAUCUGGUUUUUUACAUUUGAUAUUCUACUUUUUGGAAUAAAAUAUUGAUUUAUUGAUUUGUUUACAUUCUUAAUUACCAUAUGUUUUAUGAUUAAGGAGCGCACACGCUUUGUUUAACUUUUGAGCUUAUACUCAUUUUUAGUCGCUGGUGGAUGUGUGUAGCUGCUCUUAUUUUUAUUUUUUGUUUUUUAUGUAUUGCACCUAUAUUGUAUUUUUUAUAUUAUCUUUAUCAGUAUACUAGCGCAUUUUAGGUGUACGGUCAGGCAACUAUUAUAUUAUAUUUAUUCUUAUUUUAUUUUGGGUAUAACGCCUACAUUUAGGUGGUUAUUACACUCCUUAUAUUUGUAUUUAUUUAUAUAUAUUUGUAUAUUUCGUUUUAGAAUGGAUUUACAUAGUGUUACUAACAGGCUUGAUAGGAGAAUUAAUCUCCUCAAAGAUAAAGAUUCUGAGGACACAGAAAUGGUCCCAGUUAUCGAAACUAAUAUCCAUAAAUUAUUUUUUGAGUUGGAAAAAACCCUCAAGUCUGAAAUGAGAGACUGGUGGGACAGUGCCCUCCUGAAAAAAUAUAUUGAUAAUAAAUUUAUUCCGAGAGGUUUGAGGUUUGAGAAACAACCAUUUUUUAAUGAUAAUACACCUCUAGAACAGGAGUGGCUGGGGGCUUUGGAUACCUGUUCUUUUAUACUUAUGGACAUUCUAAUUAGAUAUAGAGAAUCCAGGCUUUGUAUUACGGAAAAGAGCAUUAAAGAUUUACAAGAACGGAUUGGCUCCGUUCAAGAGCAAUCCUCUGUUAUUUCCAAGCUAGAUGAGGCCACCAAUCAGAAACUAAUUAGUUUCGAAAAGGAGCUCAUUAUACGUAAAAAGAAAAAAUUUCAGAGGGAUAAACUUGAUUAUCAAAACGGACAAGUUAGGAGCUGGCAACGUAUACGCAGCUCCAGAUCCACUUAUAACCAUCCAGUAGGAUAUAAGGAAGGUAGUCCUACCCGUUCUUAUUUAUCCCCAAAAGUGGGUUUUAAACAGAAGAUUGGGUCAUAUGCUGAUAUUGUGAGAAAUCCCCGCUAUAGAAAAGGAUCUCGUUCUAUUGUUUAUGAGGAGAAAACUGCUCUAAGAAAGAAUUCUAUGCCGCCCCUACCACGACAUAAGAACUAUUCACCCAACCCCAAUCAUAUCCCUUUGGGACGCAAUUCUCGUCCCAACAAAGCAGAGGAGGUACUAAAGGUUGGGACUGAUUUGGUUUGUGGUUUGGGGGCGAGACCUAAAAAGAUCAAUCAAUAUAGAAAGCAUGUUAUAGAUCACACAGAUGAUUUUUUAGAAUCGACUCCCCAAUUGGAAAAAGACAAAACAUUCCCUUUAUUCAAACGCCCCCAGAAAAGGAGGGGGGCUUUCGUAGAGGAACGAGGGGAAGGGGAAAACAGUCCCGCCAAAAUGAGAUGCCUCUAAUUAAAGGUUUAUUUAACCUGUCAACAUAUAAUCUAAAUGCGGGGGAAAUCUCUCUUUUGAAUAAAGGACUUAAGUAUGCUCCCGAUAGAUUACCAAACAUAAUCGAUUUGUUUAAAGAUCUAAACCACUUUAUUAGAAAACUUACGGUCAUUAGAUCUUUUAAUCUUAGGGAUGCCAAGGGCAGAGAAGUUUGUCCAAAGUCCUUAAAUACCCCACAGGAUAAAAUUAUUUUUCAUAAUCUUGUCGCAUUAUUAGAAGAACAGGAUUCGCAAGGAGAGAAGGACGACCUUAUAUGUAUACUUGAGUCUAAUAUUUCAUCUGGUUUAAAACCCCCCUCGACCUUUUACCCACAGGGAGAUAAAGGCCCUUAUUUACAAAUGUUCUAUGAACUAGUCCUGAAAGACCUGAAAAUUCUAUGUGUUGAUUACAAAAAGAAAAAAGAUCGAGUGUGUAUUAAUUUGGAGGCAUCUGAGAGAGCAGCUAUUACUAGCCUAAAGAAUAAUCAUAAUCUUAUUAUUAAAGGGGCAGAUAAGGGAGGGGGUAUUGUCCUGUUGGAUAGAGUGGAUUACUUACAGGAAGCUGAGCGAAUUUUGGGGAAUCCAGAGUAUUAUGAGAUUUUAGAGUCAGACCCUACUACAUGUUUCAGAAGGGAACUGAGAGACCUUAUUGAAUCAGCAUUUCUUAAUGAAGCCAUUGAUAAGAAAGAGAGGAAUUUUUUCCUCUCAGCUCAAGGAGAGAUCCCCAUUUUCUAUUACCUUCCCAAGGUGCACAAAUCGCUUGAAAAACCACCGGGUCGCCCUAUUAUAUCAGGGCUAGGGUCUCUAAUCGCACCGAUUUCUAAGUGGGUCGAUUUCCAUCUACAACGUUUUGUUCCACAUCUACCGUCCUUCUUGAAGGAUACUGGACAUGUGUUGUCCAUUGUUAAAGAGUUAGAGUGGAAGGAACACUACUGUUGGCUCACGAUUGAUGUGGCAGCUCUAUAUUCUAAUAUAGACCAUGCCCUGGGUUUAAAAGCUCUGACCUGGUAUUUGAAUUCCGAUCCCCUCCUUCCAGCUCAACAGUCUGAAUUUGUCAUCAGGUUCACCGAAUUUAUGCUGAAACAUAAUUAUUUUGAGUUUAAUGGCAAGUUUUUUGUACAGACUAAAGGAACCGCGAUGGGGGCGAGUUUCGCCCCGUCCUAUGCCAAUUUAUUUAUGGGCUACUGGGAACAAGUUACGAUCUUUGCUAACCAGUUUUGGAUGGGGCGACUCGCCCUCUAUCGUAGGUUCAUUGACGACAUCCUUAUUAUCUGGAAGGGUAAUUGGGGUGAAGUAGAGGACUUUAUGACAUCCAUCAACAAUAAUCAGUGGGGCCUCUCUUUCACACAUAAACAACAUAAAUCUACUAUAGAUUUUCUGGAUCUCACCCUUAUUGGGGUUGAGGGCAAAAUUAUCACCAAGACCUACCAGAAAAGUGUGGAUGUUAAUGGGUAUCUACAUGCCAGAAGUGGGCAUCAUCCCACGUGGAUUCAUAAUAUCCCCUCAGGGCAGUUCACCAGAAUCAGACGUAACUGCUCCUUUAUGUGUGAUUAUGAAAAAGAGGCACUAUUGCUCUCCCAACGUUUUGUAGAGAAAGCUUAUCCCCUGAGGAUUAUUUUGGAUGCCUAUUUGAAAGGUCUUAAGUUUGGGAAGGUACCACGGUCAGAGGCUCAUAAUAAAACUUUACUCAUGAUGAACUCCCCUAUACCAUCCUUAUAUAGAGGACAAGAAUAUCACUCCAGAGAACACUUUAAGAUCCUUGAACUUCUGGGUGGGUCCUGUGGCCAUUCUCUGAAAAAAGCAAAAUUUAAUAUCAGCACCAAAGAGGUUGGUACAGGUAAAACACCCAUAUUCUCCACUACCUUUAAUAUAGGUUUUGAUGAGAUUAUAGGAAUUUUUGACAAAUAUUGGCCAAUAUUGAUCAGUGACCCUUGGUUGUCAUUUUGUAUUGCAAAGGUUCCAAGGGUUACCUUUAGAAGGGCCCCUAAUUUGAAAAACAUUCUAGCUCCUUCGAAGCUAUACUGUCGAAAUGUAGGACACCAGGUAGUUCGCCAAGAGGUUGCAGUUAACAAGCGUUGUGGUCAUGCUAAAUGUUUAACUUGUGGAUUUAUUUGUCAUCAACAUUCCACAUUUAGCUCGUUUAAUAGUACUGAGAUCUUUUCUGUGCAGUCACCAAUCACCUGUAACACUUCUUUUGUGGUUUAUCUCCUCAUUUGUCCCUGUGGACGGCAAUAUGUGGGCCAAACUAUCAGACCCUUGAAAUGUAGGUUUCGAGAACAUAGGACAGCCAUAAUACGGAAUGACAGCAGAUCCCCGGUGGCCCGUCACUUUGCUAUUUUUCAUGAUAAUAAUCCUGUUGGUCUUAAACUAAUGGGAAUAGUACAUAUUCCCUUCCAUCAGGAUGAAGCGAAGAGGAAACGUGAAUUAAUUAAGGCUGAAUCAGUGUGGAUCUUUAAGUUGAAUUCCAUGUCACCUAAUGGCUUAAACGAGGAAUUAGAAUUAUUUUGAUAUGUUACAGUGAAUUAUGUUUUUUAUCCUAAAAUAUAUAAUCGUAAUGUUGUUUUUUGGUGUGUUUUUUUUUUUUUUUUAUGUUACACAUAUUGUUUUUUGUACCUGUUGCCUGACCUAAAUAUUAGGAUUAUUUGAAUGUUUUUACAUCUAUUUCCUUUAUAUUUAAGUUUAAUUAUAUUUUGAUAUGAUGUGUUAUAUACAUGCAAGUGAAUCCAAUACUGUUUUUUCUGAUUGCCUUAUUUGUGGGGUAUAUAUACCGGGUUACUUUACACCGUACUUCCUGUCUUGAAAAAGUCCCGUGGGAGGGACGAAACGCGUAGACGGAUGAAUCGGAUGAACCUACACUUGCUGUGAUUGAGGAGUGAGAGCAGGAAGCGCUUUCGUACUUUGGCGGGUUUUUUUUUUUUUUUUUUCAUCGGAUAAACUCUUUUGGCAUUGAAGCUGUAACGAGCUGUGGCGUUGAGUGUGUCCUGUAUAUAUCGCGGUCUUUUUUGAAGAUCCCGACCGCGGUAUAUUUCACAUAAUUCUGAGGAACCAUCUGUGCCACUUGUUGGACUUUACCAUCUCUCCAAGUUUUUCAUUUUCGCCUCCAGCUCAUUUUAUUCAGUAUUAUUAUUUUUUCUACACGUUCUGUGUAUACACCUCGGUGGGGGGCCCACACCGAGGAAAGGUACUUUUUAUAUCGAUUACAGUAUAUACUUAGUAUAAUAUGACGUGUUAGAAUUGUUAUACUUGUAUUUGUGUCUAAUAGGGAUGCUAUUCUGACACUUUGUUACUUUUUUACUUAGUGUCUGAGAUUAUCCUUUUGACCCAUUUGUUCACUCUGUAUUUUUGUGUGAUUAUAUUUGCCUUUUUUUACGGGAUACAUUGUUUUUUAUCCCAUAUCAGCAAGUCUAGGUCAUCUUUGAUCUGGUUUUUUACAUUUGAUAUUCUACUUUUUGGAAUAAAAUAUUGAUUUAUUGAUUUGUUUACAUUCUUAAUUACCAUAUGUUUUAUGAUUAAGGAGCGCACACGCUUUGUUUAACUUUUGAGCUUAUACUCAUUUUUAGUCGCUGGUGGAUGUGUGUAGCUGCUCUUAUUUUUAUUUUUUGUUUUUUAUGUAUUGCACCUAUAUUGUAUUUUUUAAGUUAAAUGUUUAUAUUAAUUGAAUAGAUGAGAUAGGUGACUGAGGGAGACAACUAAGGAGGAGAUAAUUAUUGGUCGUAAAUAAAUUACAAAAUGGGGUUUCACAGAAGGUAUAUUUGCAUAGAUGGGUUUUGGGGUACAUAAAAUUAUAAAUGAGGUGGCUGAUUAGAUAGUUUGUUUUAAUAUUAGGGUUUAGAAGGAAGAAGAUGUGCAACUAGGAAGAAUCCAGGAAGUUGGUGGUAAGGAUGUAAAUAAAGCAGAGAUGAUGAGCGUAGUUUACAUAGUAGAUUAAUAAGAAGACGAAGGGAAGUGCAACAUACUAAUCAGAAGUUGCCAAAACAUAGAUCCCCAUCUGUUACAUAACCACAGAUCACAUGUUGCUUUACUAAUUGUAGGGUUGACAGUGCAUCAUUGAGAUUAUAUGUCCGCAAAACCUUUUUUAGAGGGAUUUUUUUUUAAUAGUUAAAGCAUUAUUAAUUAGUUUAUUAGUAAUCCUGAAUGCAUAUUACGAAGUAUGAAGUACUAAGUACCGAAGAAUGUUGAUGUUAAGGCAAUAUAAUAUGUGCUGCUCUAUAUUACAGUUAAUUUCACCUAAGGUAAUUGUGUAUUUUUGAUAAAAAAAUAUAAUACACACCUCUCUCAUAUCAGUUCUUCUAAACAUUUCUAAAUCUUUUCACAGUAUUGCCGAUCAUACCAGUUCUGGAGGUGAGUAAUAUACAUCACAAUAAAAAAAAUACAUUUACAACGAAAAUGCUUAGCUAUGUAUUGCAAUGAUAUUUGAUAUUUCUAAACCUUGCUUAUUGAUCCAACUGUUAUACAGUAUAAAGGGAAUCAACACAGUAAAGGAGGAGACUAUAUUUAAAAGAAGAAAAACUACCACAACAAGAGGACAUAGUCUUAAAUUAGAGGGACAAAGGUUUAAAAAGAAUAUCCGGAAGUAUUACUUUACUGAGAGGAUAGUGGAUACAUGGAAUAGCCUUCCAGCUGAAGUGGUAGAGGUUAACACAGUAAAGGAGUUUAAGCAUGCGUGGGAUAGGUAUAAGGCUAUCUUAACUAUAAGAUAAGGCUAGGGACUAAUGAAAGUAUUUAGAAAAUUGGGCAGACUAGAUGGGCAGAAUGGUUCUUAUCUGCCGUCACAUUCUAUGUUUCUAUGUUUCUAUUACUUUCUUAGGAUUUAAUCAACCCAAAAAUAAAAGAUGUAAUAAAGUCUGUGUGCCCAUCUAAUUUUUCCACGUCUGCUCUGUUCUAGCAUCCCAUCACAACAAGUGCAAGUAAUGGCCGUGUGCUUCUCAAUAAGCUCUUGAUGCCUCUCUAGAAAAAGAAUAACAUGAAUUGAAAUCAUUAUGAAAUCAACUUCUCUGGAAUUAGCAAUCUGCCUUUAUUGUCUUUCUUUAAUUCCCUUUCCAUUCCUAAACUGAUACUGAUUAAAUGCAAGUGAAAAUCCAACACAAAAUAUAUUAGCUAUGUGUACAAGUAAAACUGAUAUUGUUCUGAAUUAUUGGACACUGUUUGUGUCAUAUUGUUCCUGAAAAAAAUAGAACUCAUCUACAGCUUGUAUAUCAAUACAAUAUUUACAAUGACUUUAUGCAGCUUUAUCGAAGGAUGGUGUUGAGUGGUUUGCCUGGCAAAUAUUAUAUGAAAGAACAUUUGAAUUUCCAAGUACUGAAAGCAUUUUAUAACUGUUUCACGAAAUUAUAAUUCUAAGACAAUGUUGUCGGCUGUAUAUUUUUUUGUAAACUAGUAUUUUACUAAUAUUGUAAAGCGCUGCGGAUUACGUGGGCGCUAUAUAAAUGCCAAAUAUAAUAAUGAAAUAAUAAUAAUAUAUUUAUCGUUUGGAUUUAUGUUUUGUGGGAACUUUUGGACUGUAUUGUAAUUACAACUUUAUUGUAACUGAAUCUACAAUUCUUUUAAAAUAAAUAAUUUUUCUUUGUCUUCUGCAAACCCGGUGGUGUAUUUGUAUUUUGUAUUACGAAAGCUAAAAGCUGUUGGAUUCUCAGCUUUUCAAAUAUUUUAGAAUUGAAUUGCCUGAAUUUAGCUAGUAAUAUUUGUUUUCACUACUGUUUGGAGUUGAAUGAAUAAACCCCUAAAACCCACACACAUUAUUGCACUGCUGGAAGAAUAAAACACAAACUAUAGUCAGUUUCUGAAAAUAUAUUUACUGUGCUAAGAAUUACAAUUAAGACAGAUCAACUUUAAAUGUUAAGAAUAUUUAUUGUGUACAAAACAAACAAAUAAACAACAACAAAAAACAAAUCUACCUCCACUACAGGCAAUGUAGACUGUGAAAUGUACAACAUCUUGGAAACAUUGUAAAAAAGAGUUUAUUGGUUUGAUAUUUUUGAGAACGGCUAACGUAGGUAUUCACAAAAGUCAGAAUUCAAAGUGAAUUUAGAAUUUUAGGCUAAAAUCCCCCCAACUGGACGCUUGCUGUGAAUCCAGUUUGGUUACUUUGGCCUAACAUUUGAAAUCCAUUCACUUUGAAUUCUCACAUUUGGGAAUAACCCUGUAAGAGUAACUAAAUAACGUAGGAAUUCAUGAAUUGCAGAUAUACAAACAAAGCAUAUUUUAAUUUUGUAAGCAUCAGUUUAUCGGGUAUCGAUUUGGUUAAAUGUGACAACAUUCUCUAAAAUAUCAUUUUAAUUCUAAGAAAAAAAAAAGUCUGUUUAUAUUACCAAUAUAUAAAAUUGAUUUGUGAUGAUAAAUAUAAAAAUAUAUUAAAAAAAUAUAUAUAAUUUGAGAACGACAUACUUGGUUUGUAUAGUUAUAUUUAUGUGUUUUAGUGUCGCAUGGGAGAGCAGCACAUUGUUUUGGUCUCUGCUGUGGCUCACCUAAUAGAAAUAGGUGGAGACCUAUCAUCAAGCCCCUACUUCAGGGAUAGGAACCCUUCGACAUUCCAUAUGACGUGCACUACAUCUCCCGUAAUACUCCUACAGCCAUGAUGCUGGCAAAGCACCAGGGGGAUGUAGUCCGCAACAUCUGAAGUGCUGAAGGAUGUCUAUCCCUACUUAGUAUCUUAGGGUCACAGGUGACCUAAAAAUUUUAUUCCUUUAUUAUGUUUUCUUAAUAAAGGGACAAAUGUCUUUGUCAGUGUGAUGAAGCCACAUGGCUCUCUCUAAUUUCUCUAACAGCUUACAGCAAAUAUAUGUACUGACAACAUGGAAAAUAAGUCAGUCACACAUUGGACUGCAUGAAUGAACGAUGGUAACUGAAAAGAAUAUUAUUGCCAACUUCUAAUCAAUGAAAACAACAAAAAUCCAAAGGAAGCAUCAUAUGUUGCAUGGGCACCUUUGAUGCAUUUUGGGAAAUGAUAAUGGGUAUCUUCAAAACGUUUUGGCCCAUACUAGUGUUAUGGGCAAAUGCAAAUAUUACAAGUUUUAGAAUGAAAUGUUGUAUUUCUUAAACUGUGUACUUUGUUUUUAAGAGAUAUUGCAAACUGACAAGGUGUUAGAAAUGGAACAUAUUGUUUUUCAUAGAUGUUUCUUUAAACAAUAACCUCUUACCUACCUACAGUGCAUAAUAUGUUUGCGCCAUUUUGUCCCAGACUAAUUAAAAAAACAAUAAUGCAUAAGCAAGCUUCAAGUCUAUGCUACGACUCUUUCAGUAUGCAAUAUACUGUGGUAACCUUAGUAGAUAAGGAUGUUCAGACAUUAAGAUGGCAUCUUGAACUAAGUCAGGAAAAUUUCCAUCACAUAUGCACCCUUUAGAUAUGGCCUUGUAUGUUUGCCAAAUUAAGGGAGGUCCUAAAAUGAAUAAAGUAAAAGAAGUGUUACUUUUUCAUAUAUGAACUACGGUAACCCUAAAACGGAGACACCUAAGGUAUAAAUAGGUGUACUUUUAAAUGUUAAGGAACAGAGGAGAGACUUGGAUACAGACGCAGCUCCAUCUUAAAAUGACAGAGAGGCUGGCAUGAUGACAUGUUCAGAAGGGUAUGAAGGGUAUGUUAACCUAUUAAUGAUAUUUGCAAGCAUUUAGUUUAAUCUUAUAAACUCUGCUAUAAUGGAUUUUAUAUGUCUAUAUUUAUAUUUUUAUAUAAUAAAUACCAAAACAAUCCUUAUUUUAUAUAGUAUUCUCAAUUAUUUAUAUAUGUUAAAUAUUCAUGUGUUCCUCGUGAAAAAAAAAAUAUAUAUUUUUUUUUUAUUCAUUUGGCUGUCAACUUUCAAGUUCCUUAUUCUUGUGCUGCAAGUGAAGAACUAUUUAUUUCAGCCACUUUUUAUUUGUUUUAUUGUUGUCCAUCUGUCACUAUCUCAACAAAUAUAUAAUCCCUUUGAUCAGUUCAUUCAAAUCUGAGUCUGGUGUAGUCUGCGUGCAUCGGAUAUCAACUAAGUUGCUCCAAGAGCCAAACUACAAAAGCUCGGUAUGACAAGGUGUGAUGAUCUAUACCUUUGAUGUACAUUUAUAAUAUAAAUUAGUAUAUUAAUAAUUGUAUUCACCACCUGUAAGCGUUCUCAUUAAUCCACAAAUUAUUUAUACCUGAAUCACAUUUAAGGCAGAUAUAAAAUAUUGCAUAAAGGAAUGUGAUGCCUAUAAAAUACCUAUAAAAGUAACCUUUUUCUACUUAACUUGCUUCAUAUAUAAGAAGGUUGAAGUCAAAGAGACACUUGCAGUUUACUUUCUUAAGAAGAAACAUUUCCAAUUCUUUGUUUAACUCAAUCAGAGAUCAACAUGAAGCAUCAAGGCAGCUACUCUUAUUCUGGAUCCCUCAUGGUAGGCCACAGCUCUAGAGGCCAUUGUUCCUCUGGUAGCAUCUCUUCACUUCAUCAUGGAAGCUCCAAUACACUUCACCAUAAGAGCUUCAGCUGCUCUAAUACUGGUGGUUCCUAUAAAUCAUCCAGCCACCUUGGAGGAAACUCAAAACUAUCUAUCAGUUCAUCUGCUGGUCUUGCACAUGGAGGUGGAAGUGGCCAUGGUGGCCUUACAAGUCAUCUCAAGAGUUCUAACAACCACGCUCAUAACCUACUUCGUAUUAAUGAGAAAGAUACAAUGAGGGCUCUGAAUGAGCGUCUUGCCUCCUAUUUAGACAAGGUCCAGUCGUUGGAGCAGGAGAAUGCUGAGCUGGAAAGGAAGAUAUGUGAAUGGUAUGCAAACAAUGCCCCAAGCUCACUCCCUGACUCCAGUGAGUACUAUAGGACUAUUCAGGAGCUACAGAACCAGGUAAACCAAGACAUGUAUGAGUUUAUCUCCAAUGUGGUCAGUUGUAGGAUGAUCUUACCUACAAUGCAUGUUUUAAUGAGUUAAAGUAAACUUGUCCUUCAAUAAAACAUUACAUGAGAAAAUAUAUUGUAUACACUGCAUACAUUUCAUUCUGAUUUGAACUAAACCAAUAUAUAUGCCAUUAAAGAUUUCUUCUAAUGUGGUUAUCCUACUUACAAUGUAUGUUUUAAUGACUUAAUAAACGUACCAUUCUGUAAAAUAAUUCUAGUCCUAAAAUCUCAUGUAGAAUGACUGUAUAAUUGAGAUACAGAGAUUUUCAAAACUGUUUUAUAUAACUUAUAUAAUAAAAAAAUUUAUAUACACUAUAUAAAUAGUAUGAUGUUGUUACAUUCAAGAAUGCAGCAUUUCAAAUUCUGAACACAGAGCCUUAAAAAUCGCAUGUGGUUCAGCUUUUCUCACAUAGAAAAUAUAAUAUCAGUGUGUAUAAACAACAGAACAUUUUCUCAUAACUUUAGUUAUAGUCAAAUAUAGUUCACGGAGACCAAAAUAUUUAAGCAAAAGAAGUAAUAUAAAUUAUUUUUCGAGAUUAAUUGAGAAUUACUUUGCUUACCAGAUUUCUUCGGCGACAAUUAACAGUGGAAGGAUUGUCCUACAGAUAGAUAGCGCUCAACAAGCUUCAGAUGACUUCAGAAGCAGGUAAGUCUAUGAAGUUAUGAGAUUUAAAGAGACAAGUGAAGACUUUGCUUUAUACAGCUGUAGCAGCAUAUAUAUUGUAAAGGUGACUUUGUGUGGCAAAAUAUAAAUAUAAACAUAUAUUCAUCAAGUAUGGUGUUUAGUAUUAAAUGGAUAAUUAAAAAACACAAUAUUAAAAUAAAUCUAAAAAGCUCUAAUUUCUCACAAACAAACCUAUUUUUAUAUUGUUACAGCAAAACAUUCAGCAUAGAAUUGUACAUAACUUUAGUUUAAUGUAAAUUCUCUCAAGUCAACGAUGAGGUCUACCAGCACUUAAGUAACUGCUUUAGUAAUGUUCUUACUAAGUUUUCAGUUGAGGAAAGUUAGUGCAGUAGCUGUACACUUUCUUAUGUGUUCUAUUAAGGUGUCUAUUAUGUUUGAUUGUAAGCAUUAGUUUUGUCUAGUAUUGUUUUAACUGUUAGAAACCAUAACUUCUUUGGUGGAUUUUCUUUUGUUGUCUGUGUCUUUGUUUUUCUAAAAUGUCCACUUUGUAAAAUAGAGUUACGACCAUAGGUUAGAAGAUAGUGUUGACCUUUAUGGUAAACUAUUGGCUAAUUUAGGAUUAUCAAGGCAUUAUAAUUUAUCCAUAACUAUUUCUCUAUAUUGUUGCAUGCCGUGUAAUCACAGUACAAUAUAUUGUAAAUACCUUUACCCAAUCCUUUGCUAACUGCACAUGGCAUUGCCGUAGUAAUCAUCAAGCUGCGUUUUUGGCAUGUUAUUCCAUACCGGAAAAAAUACUUUCAACCAGCGUUAAAUUGAAAAGUGAUAAAGAGUUGAUGCCAUGCCUAUUCUCAAAACUGAUUAUAUAAUAUAGUGUGCUCUUUUAUUAUUAUUAUCAAUUUAGGUGUGAGAUGGAGAUAAACACAAGGAACAAUGUGGAUGGAGAUACUGGUUCUUCGAGAAGAGUCUUACAACAAAUUAACAACGAAGUGCAAACCUUAUCCGGAGAAGUCCAAGGUCUCCAGCAAGAACUUUUCCAGAUGAGGAACAACCAUUCAGGGGUAAAGUGGAAAGAUGUCAAUGGCCUAUUAUUAUAAUUUAUUAAAACACUACUGAGAACAAAGAUGUAUUUGGAAUAAUUACAGGACUUCAAAUGUCAAGUCAUAAGCUACUAGCCAGGCCUCAAAAGUUUUUUGCCACUGUAGCCUAGAGAAUCCUUGGCACUUUUACCAGUGGUAACUUUGUACGAUGCAGGGCUAAAUUUUUACUACGAAUGUCCAGUUAAUUUUUUUCCAUUAAUUAAUAAAAGUGAACAGUUUUGGGGAUCUCUUUCUUACAUACAUUGUGUGUGUUUGUUUACACAUUCAAACCUAAGGGUCAUUUAUUUCUUUAUAAAUUACUUUAAAAUCUUUCUUUCACGUCUUACCCUAGUCCUUUGUCUUUUUCAAAGGAAGUGGAUGGUCUGCGUGCUCAACUUGGAACCAGAGUCAACGUAGAAAUGAAUGCUGCGCCAUCCAUCGACCUGAACAGAGCUCUAUCUGAGCUCAGAGAAGAAUAUGAAAAUAUGAUGGAGAGGAACCUCAGGGAAGUCGAGGGCAUGUUCUUGGCAAGGGUAAUUUUAACCAUAAUAUCAUGGAGCAACUAGCUGACAGUAAACUACAACACUAAAACUAUAGACCCAUACCAGAUUGGUAAGAACAGUAUUAUAUUUUUACGUGAAAUGUUUUUUUCUUGCAGAGUGCAGAACUGGACCGUGAGAUGUCUUUAGGAGCUGUACAAUUGCAGUCAGUUAAUAAUGAUAUCAUUGAUUCAAAGCGGUCUUUACAGACCCUGGAGAUCGAGCUGCAGAGCCACCUAAGUAUGGUAUGUCAGCAUGAAUUAAAAUAUGUAAACAUAUAUAAAGCAACACCAUGACUAUAUUCCGCAUUUGCAGUUUUAAUUGGUUCUAAUAAUGCUUUAUUGACUACAAAGUAACUUGUGUAAGUCUUUAGUUUAAGAAAGUUUACCAUUGGCAAUUUUUUAUGUCACCAAGUUGUGCCAGUAAUAGUAACUGCACUUGUGUCUUUUACAUGAUGUGCAUUUUAUAUAAGUAAUAAUUGUGGAGAUAAAAUAAAAUCCUUUUAUAAUAUGAUAUUUAACAAGUCCUGCUAUUUUUGGAGGUUGACUACAUACAGUUUGGUUUAAUUGUGUUUUCGAUGAUGACCUUCUAGUUUAUGCUGAAUGCUUUCCCGAGAAAUGUUACCAUUGCUGUAGAGCAAAUUAUAUCUCAUUCAUAUAUAAAAGAUUAAAGGCAUGUUGCAUGUUAACUCUCAAUUUUAAGAGUUACUUAAUGUCUUUGCACUGAAUCUCCCAAAAUUUCUGGGUGAGCAUUUUAUUAGACAACGCAAAAAUGUAUCAAUGUGUAGUGGUGAUACUCGUCAACCUUUACUUUCAACAUUUGUGAUCUAUUGUGAGUGCACUACAAUAUAUCCAACCAUUGACACACAACACAAAGAAGCAAAGCCAGCUAUUUUAACUAAUAUCAUCAUGAUGGAAUAUGGGAAUGUUUCGAACUUUUAAAUAUAUUAAACAAUAGUACAAUAAUAUGAUGUAAAAAAUAAAUCCCUGAAUAAAGGAUCAUAUACUUAUUUAGUUAAGUAAUAUUGCUGUGUCAUCAUUGGCAGAAAUCAGCUCUAGAGGGCACCUUAUCAGAGACGGAGGCAACGUUUGGUUCUCAGAUCUCCCAGUUACAAUGCAUGAUUGAUAACAUUGAAGGUCAGCUGACACAGAUCCGAUCUGACCUAGAACAACAGAAUCAUGAAUACCAAGUUCUCAUGGACCAGAAGACCCAUCUAGAGAUGGAAAUCAACACCUAUAGACAUCUGCUGGAUGGACAUGACAUUCAGUGCGUAUUACAAUUUUUUGUCAAAUUUAGUUGUUAAGUAUUCAGAUCAAAAAAGGAGAAGAAAAACGAAAUAAUGCUGGUUUAAGUGUAGUCAUCAUGCUGGAAAAGUUGACAAAACCUGGCUAUUGAUAUAUCUUCAUAUUCAUGUAUAACACCAAUACAUGGGCACUUACCUACAUUAAUGAGUAUACAGUCACAAGUGAGCUUAAUAAACACUAUAAUAUUUUAGCUUAUAGAACAUAAUGUAAAAUAUAAUAUUUGUAACUGAGGUGGGCAGUUAAAUGUUUGUAUUAAUUGAACAGAUGAGAUAGGUGACUGAGAGAGACAACUAAGGAGGAGAUAAUUAUUAGUCGUAAAGAAAUUAUAAAAUGGGGUUUCACAGAAUGUAUAUGUGCAUAGAUGGGUUUUGGGGUACAUAAAAUUAUAAAUGAGGUGGAUGAUUAGAUAGUUUGUUUUAAUAUUAGGGUUUAAAAGGAAGAAGAUGUGCAACUAGGAAGAAUCCAGGAAGUUGGUGGUAAGGAUGUAAAUAAAGCAGAGAUGAUGAGCGUAGUUUACAUAGUAGAUUAAUAAGAAGACGAAGGGAAGUGCAACAUACUAAUCAGAAGUGGCCAAAACAUAGAUCCCCACCUGUUACAUAACCACAGAUCACAUGUUGCUUUACUAAUUGUAAGGUUGACAGUGCAUCAUUGGGAUUAUAUGUCCGCAAUAGCUGGGCAUCCAGUUUCUGGAUGCACCUUUUUUAGAGGGAUUUUUUUUUACUAGUUAAAGCAUUAUUAAUUAGUUUAUUAGUAAUCCUGAAUGCAUAUUACGAAGUAUGAAGUACUAAGUACCGAAACAUUUUGAUGUUAAGGCAAUGAAAUAUGUGCUGCUCUAUAUUACAGUUAAUUUCACCUAAGGUAAUUGUGUAUUUUUGAUAACAAAUAUAAUACACACCUCUCUCAUAUCAGUUCUUCUAAACAUCUCUAAAUCUUUUCACAGUAUUGCCAAUCAUACCAGUUCUGGAGGUGAGUAAUAUACAUCACAAUAAAAAAAUUACAUUUGCAAGGAAAAUGCUUAGCUAUGUAUUGCAAUGAUAUUUGAUAUUCCUAAAUCUUGCUUAUUGAUCCAACUGUUAUACAGUAUAAAGGGAAUCAACACAGUAAAGGAGGAGACUAUAUUUAAAAGAAGAAAAACUACCACAACAAGAGGACAUAGUCUUAAAUUAGAGGGACAAAGGUUUAAAAUAAUAUCAGGAAGUAUUACUUUACUGAGAGGGUAGUGGAUGCAUGGAAUAGCCUUCCAGCUGAAGUGGUAGAGGUUAACACAGUAAAGGAGUUUAAGCAUGUGUGGGAUAGGCAUAAGGCUAUCCUAACUAUAAGAUAAGGCCAGGGACUAAUGAAAGUAUUUAGAAAAUUGGGAAGACUAGAUGGGCCGAAUGGUUCUUAUCUGCCGUCACAUUCUAUGUUUCUAUUACUUUCUUAAGAUUGAAUCAACCCAAAAAUAAAAGAUGUAAUAAAGUCUGUGUGCCCAUCUAAUUUUUCCACGUCUGCUCUGUUCUAGCAUCCCAUCACAACAAGUGCAAGUAAUGGCCGUGUGCUUCUCAAUAAGCUCUUGAUGCCUCUCUAGAAAAAGAAUAACAUGAAUUGAAAUCAUUAUGAAAUCAACUUCUCUGGAAUUAGCAAUCUGCCUUUAUUGUCUUUCUUUAAUUCCCUUUCCAUUCCUAAACUGAUACUGAUUAAAUGCAAGUGAAAAUCCAACACAAAAUAUAUUAGCUAUGUGUACAAGUGAAACUGAUAUUGUUCUGAAUUAUUGGACACUGUGUCAUAUUGUUCCUGUUAAAAAUAGAACUCAUCUACAGCUUGUAUAUCAAUACAAUAUUUACAAUGACUUUAUGCAGCUUUAUCGAAGAAUGUGUUGAGUGGUUUGCCUGGCAAAUAUUAUAUGAAAGAACAUUUGAAUUUCCAAGUACUGAAAGCAUUUUAUAACUGUUUCACGAAAUUAUAAUUCUAAGACAAUGUUGAUCUGCUGCAUAUUUUUUGUAAACUAGUAUUUUACUAAUAUUGUAAAACACCGCGGAUUACGUGGGCGCUACAUAAAUGCCAAAAAUAAUAAUGAAAUAAUAAUAAUAAUAUAUUUAUCGUUUGGAUUUAAGUUUUGUGGGAACUUUUGGACUGUAUUGUAAUUACAACUUUAUUGUAACUGAAUCUAAUCUACAAUUCUUUUAAAAUAAAUCAUUUUUCUUUGUCUUCUGCAAACCCGGUGGUGUAUUUGUAUUUUGUAUUACGAAAGCUAAUGUUGGAUUCUCAGCUUUUCAAAUAUUUUAGAAUUGAAUUGCCUGAAUUUAGCUAGUAAUAUUUGUUUUCACUACUGUUUGGAGUUGAAUGAAUAAACCCCUAAAACCCACACACAUUAUUGCACUGCUGGAACAAUAAAACUCAAACUAUAGUCAGUUUCUGAAAAUAUAUUUACUGUGCUAAGAAUUACAAUUAAGACAGAUCAACUUUAAAUGUUAAGGAUAUUUAAAAAGAGUUUAUUGGUUUGAUAUUUUUGAGAACGGCUAAUGUAGGUAUUCACAAAAGUCAGAAUUCAAAGUGAAUUUAGAAUUUAAGGCUAAAAUCCCCCCAACUGGACGCUUGCUGUGAAUCCAGUUUGGUUACUUUGGCCUAACAUUUGAAAUCCAUUCACUUUGAAUUCUCACAUUUGGGAAUAACCCUGUAAGAGUAACUAAAUAACGUAGGAAUUCAUGAAUUGCAGAUAUACAAACAAAGCAUAUUUUAAUUUUGUAAGCAUCAGUUUAUCGGGUAUCGAUUUGGUUAAAUGUGACAACAUUCUCUCAAAUAUCAUUUUAAUUCUAAGAAAAAAAAAAGUCUGUUUAUAUUACCAAUAUAUAAAAUUCAUCUGUGAUGAUAAAUAUAAAAAUAUAUUAAAAAAAUAUAUAUAAUUUGAGAACGACAUACUUGGUUUGUAUAGUUAUAUUUAUGUGUUUUAGUGUUGAAUGGGAGAGCAGCACAUUGUUUUGGUCUCUGCUGUGGCUCACCUAAUAGAAAUAGGUGGAGACCUAUCAUCAAGCCCCUACUUCAGGGAUAGGAACCCUUCGACAUUCCAUAUGACGUGCACUACAUCUCUCGUAAUGCUCCUACAGCCAUGAUACUGGCAAAGCAUCAGGGGGAUGUAGUCCGCAACAUCUGAAGUGCUGAAGGAUGUCUAUCCCUACUUAGUAUCUUAGGGUCACAGGUGACCUAAAAUUUGUAUUCCUUUAUUAUGUUUUCUUAAUAAAGGGACAAAUGUCUUUGUCAGUGUAAUGAAGCCACAUGGCUCUCUCUAAUUGCUCUAACACAGGGGUUCUCAACCUUGCCCUCAAGGACCCCCUACCAGUCCAGGUUUUAGGGAUUACAUGGGUGUGUCUAAGGUGUUUAGAAAAAGAAAAAAAAAACACCAUAGAGUCUAAGGUUUUUUUUUUCUUCCCUUUUUCUAAACACCUUAGACACACCCAGGUAAUCCCCAAAUCCUGGACUGGUAGGGGGUCCUGAGGACUGGGUUGAGAACCCCUGCUCUAACAGCUUACAGCAAAUAUAUGUACUGACAACAUGGAAAAUAAGUCAGUCACACAUUGGACUGCAUGAAUGAAUGAUGGUAACUUGAAAGAAUAUUAUUGCCAACUUCUAAUCGAUGAAAACAACAAAAAUCCAAAGGUAGCAUCAUAUGUUGCAUGGGCACCUUUGAUGCAUGUUGGGAAAUGAUAAUGGGUUUCUUCAAAACGUUUUGGCCCAUACUAGUGUUAUGGGCAAAUACAAAUAUUACAAGUUUUAGAAUGAAAUGUUGUAUUUCUUAAACUGUGUACUUUGUCUUUAAGAGAUAUUGAAAACUGACAAUGUGUUAGAAAUGGAACAUAUUGUCUUUCAUAACUGUUUCUUUAAGCAAUAACCUCUUACCUACCUACAGUGCAUAAUAUGUUUGCGCCAUUUUGUCCCAGACGAAUUACAAUAACAAUAAUGCAUAAGCAAGCUUCAAGGCUAUGCUACGACUCUUUCAGUAUGCAAUAUACUGUGGUAACCUUAGUAGAUAAGGAUGUUCAGACAUUAAGAUGGCAUCUUGAACUAAGUCAGAAAAUUCCAUGACGUAUGCACCCUUUAGAUAUGGCCUUGUAUGUUUGCCAAAUUAAGGGAGGUCCUAAAAUGAAUAAAGUAAAAGAAGUGUUACUUUUUCAUAUAUGAACUACGGUGUAAGGAAACCAAGUACAUUUAAACCUCAAUCAGUAGUUUCCUCCCGAACCGCCAGAGCCCAGUGAACAUAGCCCUCCGUUCGGUAGUUAUGAUAGACGAAUCCUAGUGUAGUUCCAAUAGUGUCACUGGAUAAUUCCCUCAGUAAAACACCCGAAUGCCCAAACAGCAGCCGUAGUCAGAAGAAGGGUACAAAGAUGAACUAAAGAUUUAUUGAUAGACACUCUCUUUUUAUGGAAUUCUGCCCAUUCAAGGGAGACUCCCCCAUAAUUAACAAUACAGCCAAUCAUGACAAUAUACAUACUGUACAUCUCCUCCCCUAAGAUAACCAAUUAACACAAUUAAAAAGGAACACAUUUUCCCCAAAGUCUGGAUGUACCCCAGAUAGCUGAACUCUGGGGGACCAACAUAUUAAAGAAUCCGCCCAUUCGGUUCAGCCGUUCGGGAGAUAUGGGACUUAUAAGUUUUGACCGACUGCACGUGCAAAGUAGCCGAAAACAGUUCCACAAAUUCUGGCCCUGCAGUCGGUCUCAGGUCGCGUGUAAAAACUCCCGAACGGCCGGCCAUCCAGAUGCCAUCCUGGGUUCGCUGAAAUACCCAUCCGUUAGUAAGUCUUUCUACCGAAUGCCCGGUCAUUCGGUAGUUUUGGCGGGGUUCUCCCGAAGGUAUGGAGGAUUCAGCGGUGUUCGCCUGUUUGAGUGUCCGAUUUCAGUUCCAGACACUCGACGGCAAACACCACUGUUCGGGAGUUAAAAUGGCCGCGAACACGUGGAAGUCCCGAAAUGGCGGCUAUGCAUACAGUUCGUGCGGGACUUUCGACGAACAUGCCCAUCAAGCUGGGGGGUAAAAUACUCUUAAUUGGAAACAGGGUGGUCGUGAUUCGGUAGUUUUAUCUACCGAAUGCCAUAGGGGUACAUAACAGAAAACAAGGGAAUGCAAAUUGUCACUUUGAAGCAAAAUAGGGGGAUUUCUUCACAUACGGUAACCCUAAAAUGGAGACACCUAAGGUAUAAAUAGGUGUACUUUUAAAUGUUAAGGAACAGAGGUGAGACUUGGAGACAGACGCAGCUCCAUCUUAAAAUGACAGAGAGGCUGACAUGAUGACAUGUUCAGAAGGGUAUGAAGGGUAUGUUAACCUAUUAAUGAUAUUUGCAAGCAUUUAGUUUAAUCUUAUAAACUCUGCUAUAAUGGAUUUUAUAUGUCUAUAUUUAUAUUUUUAUAUAAUAAAUACCAAAAAGACAAAACUUUAUUGCUUCCAAGACAAUCCUUAUUUUAUAUUGUAUUCUCAAUUAUUUAUAUAUGUUAAAUAGAGGAUCUCUUACACUAAUGAUAUAAAAUUAUAGCUAAGAUAUCUGUAUGGUUAGCCCUGCUCAGUUCUAUGCUUUAAGACCUUAUAGUGGUAAAUAAGGGAACCAGCCGCGGUUACACUAGUAUCAGAUAGACACCUUAAGGAUGUCGUGACACCUCAUCCAUCUAUUACGGCACACAGAUGGAGAAAUUUGAGAAACCUUUUGUUACCCAGUCAUCUCCCUGCUAGUGCCACCUCAGGUCACCCUAAAAACUACUUACGAGCGGGCACCUACCAAUGUGGUCAUUGUAGUGCAUGUCCCUUUAUCAACAGACAUUAUAAGGCCUACUCCAGUAGCACCAAUAUGGAAAUGUUUAGAUCACACUCUUUCUUUAGUUGUUGCACCAUUGGAAUAGUCUAUCUACUGACCUGUUCUUGUGGCCUGAUGUAUGUGGGUAAGACAUUUCGCCUAUUUAAAUACAGAAUCCAGGAACACAUUAAUUCAAUAUGGAGACGUCUGGAAACCCCAAUUUCCAGGCAUCUACAUCACCAUCAUGACCACUUGUCAGCUCUUAUAAGAUUUAUGAGUCUGGAACAUGUACCUCAACCAACGCGUAAAGGGGUUGGUACAUUAAACUUUGUCAGAGAGAGGCGUUCUGGAUUUAUAGGUCAAAAACACUAUCGCCACAGCGAUUAAAUAAAGGGUUUUCUUACUCCCCCUUCAUAUGAUACAUGGACUAAUUCUGUGACUAUGUGGCUUUUUAUUGUAAGCUAGUAUGCUAUACAACAAUUGUUGUCUAAACCUUUUUUAACCUUUUUAGUUACUUGCACUUUUUAAUUGGUGUCUUUAAUCACUAAUUUUGCUCUCAUCUAAAUAUGUAUAAUGAUGACUGACUACUUGUGACAUUAUAGUAGUUCAUGUAUUCUUCAGUGGCUCUUUAUACCACUUUAUGUAACAUUUAUUAUAGAUACUAAACUUACAGCUAUACUUAUGAUUACAUGUGGGAGGUACCUUCUAAUGGGUCAACCCACGUUGGCACUAUUCAUCCAUAAUGCAUUCACCCAUCAUGUAUUCGUCUUGUGCCUGCCUUAUAAUUAUUUCAAGUAAUGGUAUUAACCCUUCUUUACAGCUAACUAGGACAUAAUAUAACUUUCUUUUCGUUGUGGUAUAAACAAGGGUAUAAAAUAUUAUGGUAACUGCCCGCUAUGUAUGUUGGUUUGCAGCAAUCGCAUGUGGGCGGUGCUUGAUGAUGGGAUGUCCCAUCCCAUUACUAUUGAACACACCCACUCUGCGCACAUCACGGAUGCUGCCCCCGUCCCACGUUGGGUCGGACCUAUGACGCUGCAUACUGACGUCUCCUGUGCAGACAGUUCGAUAUGGGCGAAUGGAUGCUGCUUUCCUGUAAUGGGUAAUGUGAACAAAUAUUGCCUAAUUGGCCUACAGCUAUGCUAGUCGCAGGUGGUGACUGCCUAUUGGCGGUCUUCCCAACCCCAUUGAUUAUACACCUCCCUAUUAGGUCUGGCUACACUUCAAGUAAGGGGAUUGGAUGAGAUAUCUUUGUGCACCGCCCCCUGACGAGCUGAUUCUGUUAUGGCUCAUUGUUUAUAUGGUAUUCAAACAGACUACUGGAUGAGACAGACUACUUUGCCCCUGACAACGGCAUUGUAUCACACCGAAACGCGCGUCAGGCUCUUUUACUAUUUUUAAUUAUGCACUUAUUUUCACGUUAGGUAGCACUUCGCCUUUUCUUUGAGUUAUCUCUGCAGGAUCUAUGGUUUAGGUAGGCACUAGCCUAGUGCGGUGCUGAGGUAUUAGGGACAGAGUAUUUUUGUGGGGUAUGAUGUGUACCUAUUAUUGAUUUUCUAGCAGUGGAGUAAUUCUGCUCUUCGUAUACUCAGCUCUUUAUCUACAAUUUUCGCUGGAUGAGAAAUUUAAUUCUUUCUGAGUGAUAUGCAGACAAUUCCCUUGUGUCCCCAUCUACCCUUUGACAGUACCUGUAUAUUAGCAGGAUAUCUAACCAGAGUGGAGUUACUUUUGUGCCUCUCAUCUGUCCUAUAGGGCUACCCUCUACCUGGCAUUCAGACACUGUCUUUCCUAUUUAGGACCCCUAGUUAGAUAUACUGGCUCUAUUUUAUACUCUUAAUAAAGGUUUUUAAUUCAAUUUAUUUUGGUUUUGCUACUAUACUAUUUUAGGUUGUAUUCUUUCUCAUACUGCCCCUCUGUUGGGAGAGGAUGAGUGAACGAUAGCUAGUGCCUGCAUGUAAUGCAAAAUAAAUUAAAGGGUGGUCAUUUAACGAUGAGUUUAUCAAGCAGGCUUGGGGUUUUCCUCUUCAGUCUACCCACACCGGUACAGGAAUGUGCAAGUAUAUCAGAAUCAGAAAUUGUGAAACUCUCUAUACCAGUGGUCUCAAUUCAAAUUACUUGGGGGUCACUGGCCUAGUAAUCCUUUCACAUGAGGGCAGCUUGUAAAAAUCACAAAUCACAAAAUUGCAAAGAAACGUAAGUAACCACAGCCGGUUCCCCUAUUUACCACUAUAAUGUCAGGGCUAACCAUACAGAUAUCUUAGCCAUAAUAUUAUAUAGUUUGUAAGAGUUUCUCUAUUUAAAAUAUAUAAAUAAUUGAGAAUUCAAUAUAAAGACAGAGACAAGCCCAUAAUUGUAUGGGGAACGGAACGUAACGACAGAAGGCUAAGUGAGGCCUUGUGAAAUUGAGGUAAUCGUAACGAGUAAGAUUUCAGUACCUGAUACUGUAUGUCAGGAACAAGGUCGACAAUCCGUAUUUUUAAACGUAGUAAUUUGACGGCAAAGACACGCGGCCAUCUUUGGAAGGUCUGAUGUACCUUCAUUGAGAAUAGUGGCAUGGUGGACAUCUUGCAAGGGGCGGAUAUACUCAGAUGAUUGCCAGAAACACUCCAUAUAUGGCGAAGAGGACGGACCAUCAAUCCACAGCUGUUAAUAUUUGUAAUAUAAUUAUAUUUAUUAUGUAUACUAUAUAAGAAGGUUGUGACACUAGUUAUGAUAUGCACCUGAGGGAGACCUAUUGGGUUGAAACGCGUUGUGCUCUAUUUUAUUUUAUUUUGUUUCAAUAAAAGUAUUUACCUUUUAACCACUUGGCAACCUUGUUCCUGAUUUUUAUAAUGGACAUGGACUACUCUAAGACACCAACAUUUAACAGUCCAUAUUGCAUUUAUGGUGUAUUUUGCUGCAUGAAUCACUGCUUCUCUGUGACAAGUCUAGUAUAUCCAUGUGUUCCUUAUGAAAAAAUAUAUAUAUAUAUAUUUUUUAUUCAUUUGGCUGUCAACUUUCAAGUUCCUUAUUCUUGUGCUUCAAGUGAAGAACUAUUUAAUUCACCCACUUUUUAUUUGUUUUAUUGUUGUCCAUCUGUCACUAUCUCAACAAAUAUAUAAUCCCUUUGAUCAGUUAAUUCAAGUCUGUCUCUGCUGUAGUCUGCAUGCAUCGGAUAUCAACUAUGUUGCUAUAAGAGCCAAACUGCAAACGCUCGUUAUGAUAAGGUGUGAGGAUCUAUACCUUUGAUGUACAUUUAUAAUAUAAAUUAGUAUAUUAAUAAUUGUAUUCACCACCUGUAAGCGUUCUCAUUAAUCCACAAAUUAUUUAUACCUGAAUCACAUUUAAGGCAGAUACAAAACAUUGCAUGAAUGAAUGUGAUGCCUAUAAAAUACCUAUAAAAGUAACCUUAUUCUACUUAACUUGCUUCAUAUAUAAGAAGGUUGAAGUCAAAGAGACACUUGCAGUUUACUUUCUUAAGAAGAAACAUUUCCAAUUCUUCAUAUAACUCAAUCAGAGAUCAACAUGAAGCAUCAAGGCAGCUACUCUUCUUCUGGAUCCCUCAUGGUAGGCCACAGCUCUAGAGGCCAUUGUUCCUCUGGUAGCAUCUCUUCACUUCAUCAUGGAAGCUCUAAUACACUUCACCAUAAGAGCUUCAGCUGCUCUAAUACUGGUGGUUCCUAUAAAUCAUCCAGCCACCUUGGAGGAAACUCAAAACUAUCUAUCAGUUCAUCUGCUGGUCUUGCACAUGGAGGUGGAAGUGGCCAUGGUGGCCUUACAAGUCAUCUCAAGAGUUCUAACAACCACGCUCAUAACCUACUUCGUAUUAAUGAGAAAGAUACAAUGAGGGCUCUGAAUGAGCGUCUUGCCUCCUAUUUAGACAAGGUCCAUUCGCUGGAGCAGGAGAAUGCUGAGCUGGAAAGGAAGAUUUGUGAAUGGUAUGCAAACAAUGCCCCAAGCUCACUCCCUGACUCCAGUGAGUACUAUAGGACAAUUCAGGAGCUACAGAACCAGGUAAAACAAGAGAUGUAUGAGUUUAUCUCCAAUGUGGUCAGUUGUAGGAUGAUCUUACCUACAAUGCAUGUUUUUAUGAGUUAAAGUAAACUUGUCCUUCAAUAAAACAUCCAGACCAAAGUGUCUGCAAACCCUGAAAAUACGUCUGUAUACAUGACUGUAUAAUAGAGAUAUAGAAAUGUUAAAUAUGCAACAAUAUUUUAUAUACAUUACAUGAUAAAAUAUAUUGUAUACACAAUAUACAUUUCAUUCUGACUUGAACUAAACCAAUAUAUAUGCCAUUAAAGAUUUCUUCUAAUGUGGUUAUCCUACUUACAAUGUAUGUUUUUAUGACUUAAUAAACGUACCAUUCUGUAAAAUAAUUCUAGUCCUAAAAGCUCAUGUAGAAUUGACUGUAUAAUUGAGAUACAGAGAUGUUCAAAACUGUUUUAUAUAACUUAUAUAAUAAAAAAUGUUAUAUACACUAUAUAAAUAGUAAGAUGUUGUUACAUUCAAGAAUGCAGCAUUUUAAAUUCUGAACACAGGGCCUUAAAAAUCGCAUGUGGUUCAGCUUUUCUCACAUAGAAAAUAUAAUAUCAGUGUGUAUAAUCAACAGAACAUUUUCUUAUAACUUUAGUUAUAGUCAAAUAUAGUUCACGGAGACCAAAAUGUUUAAGCAAAAGAAGUAAUAUAAAUUAUUAUUAGAGAUGAAUUGAUAAUGACUUUGCUUACCAGAUUUUUUCGGCAACAAUUAACAGUGGAAGGAUUGUCCUACAGAUAGAUAGCGCUCAACAAGCUUCAAAUGACUUCAGAAGCAGGUAAGUCUAUGAAGUUAAGAGAUUUAAAGAAACAAGUGAAGACUUUGCUUUAUACAACUGUAGUGGCAUAUAAAUUGUAAAGGUGACUUUGUGUGGCAAAAUAUAAAUAUAAACAUAUAUUCAUCAAGUAUGGUGGUUAGUAUUAAAUGAAUAAUUAAAAAACACAAUAUAAAAAAAAUCUAAAAAGCCCUAAUUUCUCACAAACAAACCUAUUUUUAUAUUGUUACAGCAAAACAUUCAGCAUAGAAUUGUACAUAACUUCAGUUUAAUGAAAAUUAUCUUGAGUCAACGAUGAGGUCUACCAGCACUGCAGUAACUGCUUUAGUAAUGUUCUUACUAAGUUUUCGGUUGAGGAAAGUUAGUGCAGUAGCUGUAAACUUUCUUAUGUGUUCUAUUAAGGUGUCUGUUAUGUUUGAUUGUACGACCAUAGGUUAGAAGAUAGUGUUGACCUUUAUGGUAGACUAUUGGCUAAUUUAGGAUUAUCAAGGCAUUAUAAUUUAUCCAUAACUAUUUAUCUAUAUUGUUGCAUGCCGUGUAAUCACAAUACAAUAUAUUGUAAAUACCGUUACCCAAUCCUUUGCUAACUGCACAUGGCAUUGCCGUAGUUAUCAAGCUGCGUUUUUGUCAUGUUAUUCCACACCGGAAAAAAUACUUUCAACCAGCGUUAAAUUGAAAAGUGAUUAAGAGUUGAUGCCAUGCCUAUUCUCAGAAUUGAUUAUAUAAUAUAGUGUGCUCUUUUAUUAUUAUUAUUAUAAAUUUAGGUGUGAGAUGGAGAUAAACACAAGGAACAAUGUGGAUGGAGAUACUGGUUCUUUGAGAAGAGUCUUACAACAAAUUAACAAUGAAGUGCAAACCUUAUCCGGAGAAGUCCAAUGUCUCCAGCAAGAACUUUUCCAGAUGAGGAACAACCAUUCAGGGGUAAAGUGGAAAUAUGUCAAUGGCCUAUUAUUAUAAUUUAUUAAAACACUACUGAGAACAAAGAUGUAUUUGGAAUAAUUACAGGACUUCAAAUGUCAAGUCAUAAGCUACUAGCCAGGCCUCAAAAGUUUUUUUGCCACUGCAGCCUAGAGAAUCCUUGGCACUUUUACCAUUAGUUACUUUGUACGAUGCAGGGCUAAAUUUUUACUACGAAUGUAAUUUUUUUCCAUUAAUUAAUAAAAGUUAACAGUUUUGGGGAUCUCUUUCUUGCAUACAUCGUGAGUGUUUGUUUACACAUUGAAACCUAAGGGUUAUUUAUUUCUUUAUAAAUUACUUUAAAAUUUUUCUUUCACUUCUUACCCUAGUUCUUUGUCUUUUUCAAAGGAAGUGGAUGGUCUGCGUGCUCAGCUUGGAACCAGAGUCAACGUAGAAAUGAAUGCUGCUCCAUCCAUCGACCUGAACAGAGCUCUAUCUGAGCUCAGAGAAGAAUAUGAAAAUAUGAUGGAGAGGAACCUCAGGGAAGUCGAGGGCAUGUUCUUGGCAAGGGUAAUUCUAACCAUAAUAUCAUGGAGCAACUAGCUGACAGUAAACUACAACACUAAAACUAUAGACCCAUACCAGAUUGGUAAGAACAGUAUUAUAUUUUUACAUGAAAUUUUUUUUUCUUGCAGAGUGCAGAACUGGACCGUGAGAUGUCUUUAGGAGCCGUACAAUUGCAGUCAGUUAAUAAUGAUAUCAUUGAUUCAAAGCGGUCUUUACAGACCCUGGAGAUCGACUUGCAGAGCCAGCUAAGUAUGGUAUGUCAGCAUGAAUUAAAAUAUGUAAACAUAUAUAAAGCAACACCAUGACUAUAUUCCGCAUUUGCUGUUUUAAUUGGUUCUAAUAAUGCUUUAUUGACUACAAAGUAACUUGUGUCAGUCUUUAGUUUAAGAAAGUUUACCCUUGGCAAUUUAUUUAUGUCUCCAAGUUGGAGAUUAACAAUAGUACAAUAAUAUGAUGUAAAAAAUAAAUCCAUGAAUAAAGGAUCAUAUACAUAUUUAGUUAAGUAAUAUUGCUGUGUCAUCAUUGGCAGAAAUCAGCUCUAGAGGGCACCUUAUCAGAGACCGAGGCAACGUUUGGUUCUCAGCUCUCCCAAUUACAAUGCAUGAUUGAUAACAUUGAAGGUCAGCUGACACAGAUCCGAUCUGACCUAGAACAACAGAAUCAUGAAUACCAAGUUCUCAUGGACCAGAAGACCCAUCUAGAGAUGGAAAUCAACACCUAUAGACAUCUGCUGGAUGGACAUGACAUUCAGUGCGUAUUACAAUUUUUUGUCAAAUUUAGUUGUUAAGUAUUCAGAUCAAAAAAGGAGAAGAAAAACGAAAUAAUGCUGGUUUAAGUGUAGUCAUCAUGAUGGAAAAGUUGACAAAACCUGGCUCUUGAUAUAUCUUCAUAUUCAUGUAUAACACCAAUACAUGGGUCACUUACCUACAUUAAUGAGUAUACAGUCACAAGUGAGCAUAAUAAACACUAGAAUAUUUUAAAUGAAUAAGCUUAUAGAACAUAACGUAAAAUAUAAUAUUUGUAACUGAGGUGGGCAGUUAAAUGUUUAUAUUAAUUGAAUAGAUGAGAUAGGUGACUGAGGGAGAAAACUAAGGAGAAGAUAAUUAUUGGUCGUAAAUAAAUUACAAAAUGGGGUUUCACAGAUGAUAUAUGUGCAUAGAUAGGGUUUGGGGAACAUAAAAUUAUAAAUGAGGUGGCUGAUUAGAUAGUUUGUUUUAAUAUUAGGGUUUAGAAGGAAGAAGAUGUGCAACUAGAAAGAAUCCAUGAAGUUUGUGGUAAGGAUGUAAAUAAAGCAGAGAUGAUGAGUGUAGUUUACAUAGUAGAUUAAUAAGAAGAGAAAGGGAAGUGCAACAUGCUAAUCAGAAGUGGUCCUAACAUAGAUCCCCACCUGUUACAUAACCACAGAUCACAUGUUGCUUUACUAAUUGUAAGGUUGACAGUGCAUCAUUGGGAUUAUAUGUCCGCAAUAGCUGGGCAUCCAGUUUCUGGAUGCACCUUUUUUAGAGGGAUUUUUUUUGAAUAGUUAAAGCAUUAUUAAUUAGUUUAUUAGUAAUCCUGAACGCAUAUUACGAAGUAUGAAGUACUAAGUACCGAAGAAUGUUGAUGUUAAGGCAAUAUAAUAUGUGCUGCUCUAUAUUACAGUUAAUUUCACCUAAGGUAAUUGUGUAUUUUUGAUAAAAAAUAUAAUACACACCUCUCUCAUAUCAGUUCUUCUAAACAUUUCUAAAUCUUUUCACAGUAUUGCCGAUCAUACCAGUUCUGGAGGUGAGUAAUAUACAUCACAAUAAAAAAAAUACAUUUACAACGAAAAUGCUUAGCUAUGUAUUGCAAUGAUAUUUGAUAUUUCUAAACCUUGCUUAUUGAUCCAACUGUUAUACAGUAUAAAGGGAAUCAACACAGUAAAGGAGGAGACUAUAUUUAAAGGAAGAAAAACUACCACAACAAGAGGACAUAGUCUUAAAUUAGAGGGACAAAGGUUUAAAAAUAAUAUCCGGAAGUAUUACUUUACUGAGAGGGUAGUGAAUGCAUGGAAUAGCCUUCCAGCUGAAGUGGUAGAGGUUAACACCGUGAAGGUGUUUAAGCAUGCAUGGGAUAGGUAUAAGGCUAUCCUAACUAUAAGAUAAGGCCAGGGACUAAUGAAAGUAUUUAGAAAAUUGGGCAGACUAGAUGGGCCGAAUGGUUCUUAUCUGCCGUCACAUUCUAUGUUUCUAUGUUUCUAUUACUUUCUUAAGAUUUAAUCAACCCAAAAAUAAAAAGAUGUUAUAAAGUCUGUGUGCCCAUCUAAUUUUUCCACGUCUGCUCUGUUCUAGCAUCCCAUCACAACAAGUGCAAGUAAUGGCCGUGUGCUUCUCAAUAAGCUCUUGAUGCCUCUCUAGAAAAAGAAUAACAUGAAUUGAAUCAUUAUGAAAUCAACUUCUCUGGAAUUAGCAAUCUGCCUUUAUUGUCUUUCUUUAAUUCCCUUUCCAUUCCUAAACUGAUACUGAUUAAAUGCAAGUGAAAAUCCAACACAAAAUAUAUUAGCUAUGUGUACAAGUAAAACUGAUAUUGUUCUGAAUUAUUGGACACUGUUUGUGUCCUAUUGUUCCUGAAAAAAAUAGAACUCAUCUACAGCUUGUAUAUCAAUACAAUAUUUACAAUGACUUUAUGCAGCUUUAUCGAAGGAUGGUGUUGAGUGGUUUGCCUAGCAAAUAUUAUAUGAAAGAACAUUUGAAUUUCCAAGUACUGAAAGCAUUUUGUAACUGUUUCACGAAAUUAUAAUUCUAAGACAAUGUUGAUCAGCUGCAUAUUUUUUUGUAAACUAGUAUUUUACUAAUAUUGUAAAGCGCUGGGGAUUACGUGGGCGCUAUGUAAAUGCCAAAAAUAAUAAUGAAAUAAUAAUAAUAUAUUUAUCGUUUGGAUUUAAGUUUUGUGGGAACUUUUGGACUGUAUUGUAAUUACAACUUUAUUGUAACUGAAUCUAAU